GCGGAUUUCAAACUGUGUGUAAUAGGAGCGGCUGGUUUUAUCGGUGUCUGUCUGUUAUUACUGGCCGUGCGGAGAGCACCGAGCCCCCACUGAGGAGGAAUGGCCGCGGAGACACCGGCAGAGAGGUGUGUGUUAGAUAUCGCCGGGUUAUCCGAGCUCAGUGUGUUUACCAUCACCACCCGCACACCGUGUGCCCAGUCCCAGGGCUGGCUUUAUCGGACUCCCAGGAUCAGCACGGGGUGUCCAUAAAGAGAUGCUGCACUGUGGGGGGGGGGAUACAGCGCUGUCCAUCCCGGGGGAGUGCUCUGCACAAUGCUGGGCGCCGUGUACACCCGGGGGAGUGCUCUGCACAAUGCUGGGCGCCGUGUACACCCGGGGGAGUGCUCUGCACAAUGCUGGGAGCCGUGUACACCCGGGGGAGUGCUCUGCACAAUGCUGGGAGCCGUGUACACCCGGGGGAGUGGCUAUAAACAUUAUGGCACAUAUACUGACCAUGGUGGUGAUUAAAUAUACAUUGAUGGCUUUUUAGUCCGGUAUUAUUAUUAUUCAGUAAUUGUAUAGCACCAACAUAUACUCUAGUGCUGUACAGUUGAGAUAACAGACAAAUAAUGAACUCGUACAAUGGGAUAAUAUGUAAGUAUAUAGUAAUCUUGCUCGAGUAGGACUGUCCUUAUUUCCUUUUGUAUGUCAAUUAUUGUUAAAGGACCAUUACAGUGCCAGGAAAACAAACUUGUUUUCCUGACACUAUAUAGUCCUUAGGUCCCCACCUCCCACUGGGCUGAGGGGGUUCAAACUCCUUCAGCCAGUUACCGUUAUCGAGCGCCAGGCUCACUCUGCGCUGGUGACCUCUCCCUCUGACGUCAGCUCCCGAAUGCUUUCCUAUAGACGUUCUGCGUGCUCAAUGCGAUUUUCGCAUUGAGCAUCGCAGAAGCGCCUCUAGCGGCUGUCAGGAAGACAGCCACUACAGGCUGGAUUUCUCUGAAACUGCUAUGUUUGCAGCUGCAGGGUUAAAACCUGGGGGACCUGGCAUUCAGACCACUUCAUUGAGCUGAAGUGGUGUGGGUGACUAUAGUGGUCCUUUCACAUUGUAUAACUGUAAAGGUUAAAGGGACACUAUAGUCACCAGAACUACAGUUUAGUGUAGUUAUGGUGUCUAUAGCCGGUCCCUGCAGGCCUUUUAAUGUAAACACUGCCUUUUCAUAGUGUUUACCAUACUGCGGAGGAACACCUCUAGCAGCAGUGACUCAGAUGGUGACUAGUGAUGCUUCCCGGGUCAGUGCUAAACAAUGUGCAGCAUUUAUGUUAAAGGAACACUAUAGGCACCCCAGACACUUCAGUUCCUUGAAGUGGUCUGGGUACAGUGUCCUUAUUGCACACACAGUUGCAAGAAAAAGUAUGUGAACCCUUUUGGAAUGAUAUGGAUUUCUGCACAAAUUGGUCAUUAAAUGUGAUCUGAUCAUCAUCUAAGUCACAACAACAGACAAUCACAGUCUGCAUACUUUUUCCCCCUGCACUGUGAAUGUUUACAUGGUGUGUUCAAUAAAAACACGGCAACAUUUCAUUCUUUGUGUGUUAUUAGUUUAAGCAGACUGAUUGUCUGUUGUUGUGACUUAGAUGAUGAUCAGAUCACAUUUAAUGACCAAUUUGUGCAGAAAUCCAUAUCAUUCCAAAGGGUUCACAUACUUUUUCUUGCAACUGUGUGUGUGUGUGUGUGUGUGUGUAUAUAUAUAUAUAUUUAUUUAGGGAUGCACUGAAAUUUCGUCUGCUGAUCUUUUCGGCCGAAAAUAGGUAAAAUUUACCAAAAAAUAAAUAUAAGAACAAUCCAGAUAGCACUCCCAGAAAUUGUAGUUAAGAUAAAACUUAGCUUUUAAUUAGCUGUAAAAAUAAAUCGACGUUUCAGUCUGUUACACACAGACUUUCAUCACGACUAACAAAUACAAUACAAGUGCUUACCUAUAUACCAAAAUACAUACAAACAAUUAACUUACCCACCACUGGAAUAAUCUCCUGCUUCUUGUCAGCCCAGUCCGAAUCUUGUGCGGGUUCUGCCGGCGUCAAUGUGUGCGUGACAUGACGCGGUGUCAUGACCACCUCUCAUGAGCGGCCGUUCGGCCUCAUUGGGAGAUCGUUGCUAUGGAGACAACCUCCCAUAGCAACAUAUACACAAUUAAUAACCACUUACACUUUCGCUGGAAACAAGCAGUAAAGAUGCAUAAAUCAUCAUUCAAUAACCGUAAAUGAUCAGUAACAUGAAGAGAGCAUAAAGUAACCAAUCAAAGUUCAAUAUAGGGUUAAUAUCCAAAAAACAGAAAUAAUGAUGCUACUAUUAAAUAAGAAUUGCAUUAGCAUAGAAGUUAGUAGAAAAGAGACCCCAGGUUGAGGCAUUCCUAUAUACAAAAUCAAUAUCUAGAGAAAGAAGCAGAACAUACUGACAACCCAGUAUUAAAUACUAUCUGAUGAAAUAUAUAGUUUCUUAGUAUAUUUGCAGUGAUCAAAAUUAAUUCAUUUAAAUUUAUGUAGACAGAAUAGUUUGUGUGUACUAGACUGAGGGUUUCUCUUUCAAUUAUUUGAUUAUGCCAUAUGAAUUAUCACCCAAUUAAGCCUGGUGUUAUUUGUACCUAUUGGGUGGCUACAUCAGUGUUAGCCUUGAGUAGCUAUAUUUCUUAUACUAAAUGCUCAUCAGGAUAAUACUUCUUUAAAUGACCGUCUUUUGCAAUUAUACUUCUACCUAUUUUAGGAUAGAUUCUGUCCCCUAGAACGUAGUUUAGAAAUGUGUGGAAUCACUUACUAUGAAAUGAAGGCAGUGUUUAUUUGGUUGCAGCCUUAGGGUAAGAUUCAUUUUGUACUAAGAAACUAUAGUUUCAUCAGUUGCAUCAGUUACUGAGCAUUUACUGUUACACUUUCCCCAGUGUGUGUGUAUAUGUGUAUGUAUAUGUAAGUUUCGGAACACCACAACCGACUUGUGCACCACUAACAUAACUCUGCUUAUUGUCCCCGACCACAAGUGUGUGUGUGUGUGUGUGUGUGUGUGUGUGUGUGUGUGUGUGUGUGGGCAUUACUGGCUAGGCACCCCCACUUCAAACCUGCAAAAAACGACUUAAAAAUGUACCUGUAAUCCAGUGCUGGGCAAAACUCCCGUUGUUGCUGUCCUCUUCUGACAUUCCCAUGGGCUUCAUAGAGAAGUCUAUGUUUUGCCAGCUCAUAGCACAUGCAUGCAUUCUGUGACAGCGUGGGUAGGGAGUGUGACAAGAGGGAUGGGAUUUAAUAAUAAUAAAAAAAAAAAACAGACAAUGAGACAUGGUGUGAGGGAGGCAGAGAGAGUGAACAAAGAGAGGUAGGGAAGAGCAAACUCACGUGUGUCAGGGGUAUAACUGGCACCUGCCACAAAAGUGCUUAUUUCUCUGUUUGAAGCAGAAAUGCUGCACAUACAGAUAACUACCACUAUGACCACUUGACAUCACUAAAGAGAUUAUGGUGUUUGGAGUAACCCUUUAAUGUGAUUUGUGUAGUAGAUGCAUAGUCCACUACACAAUGCAAAAAGAGUGCUUACCCAAAUGAGUUGAUGUGAUUGAUUACAGCAUGUUUUGGAUCAGUUUGGCUGCAUUAUACUAUCAUGAAUGAACCAUCUGUCAGUUCAUAUGAGUGUUGUAAAUUAAAGGGACACUAUAGUUACAAGAACAACUACAGCUUAUUGUAGUUGUUCUGGUGAGUGUAGUAAUUCCCAGCAGGUGUUUUGCAGUAAACUUUUUUGUUUUUUUUUUGUUUUUUAACUCCUAAGUCCACAUCCACUUUAUCUAUUUCUGGUCAAGUAGGCAUGGCUAAAUUUCUGAGUCAAAAUUAGACUGCACUUCACAGACAAAAUAUAUAACCGAGCAAAAAAUAAAAAUAGGUGAAAAAAUAUCUAUAUCUUUGUGCAUUUCCAGCCAGGUUUUGGGUUGCGUUAAUUGUAAAAGCUGCAUUUCUAUAGCUCCCUACCUUUCCUCAGAUGUGCUGGCCUAGAACCUGAGAUGGGCAGAAACGGUGGAUAUUAUAUGUGGUAAAACAUAACUAAAAUGUAGUUAUUAAUUUUGAGAGCCAAAUUAAAGGGACGCUGACACCAAAAGAUAAACUUAGAUUCUAAUAAUAAAGUUGUACAGUGUACAUCAUUUUGGAAAUGUCAAAUAAUAUAAUUGAUGUCUUUUUUUUUUUUCCUUUUCAUUUAGAUAUUUAAUUAAAAUGGAUGAUGAAGAUAUAAGUGAAAGAAAGCUAAAGAUUGCUUCCAUUUUAGACAGAGUUAAAAGUUUUAAAACGAAGUAUGGAACAGAAGAUAACUUGACUGAUGAACUAACAUUUUCAAAGUCGUCUGCUGAUACAACAGGUAGAUAUCAUUUUUCUUCUUUUGUUUUAUUGCCUUGGUUUGAUUUUCAUAUUUUCAUUAUACUAUCAAUAUUUACUACUACUAUAUGUACACGUGUCCUCCUUGCACACCUCAAACUAUAUAUUUAGCAUGUUUAAAAGAACAUUGUAGCAUUAGAAUUACAAAACUGUCUCCCAAUGCUAUAGUGUGCCCCUGUCCCUAAAGGGGAAAGGGUUUAAAAUACAAUUUAUGAAAACAAGCAAAACCCAUAAAGCAAAGGGCUUCUUUUCUGUUUCUGUAAACAUAUUUUCAAUUUAAUUGAUUAUUGUAUCUAGUACAGUAAUCUGUAGAUAUGAAAACCUGGACAGUAUACAGCUAUAAAUGUGUGCAGAUACCAUAACAUUAAAACGUAUGCAGAAAUAUAAUCCGUACAUUGUGUGCAGAUACCAUAACCUAGUCCCUACUGCCCACUAGUGGGCGUUUUGUGAUUUCAGGUGGGCGGUGGUGGGUUCUGUAGAAAACAACCGGUGGGCCUAGAUGGCCGUGGACCAAGGCCAGCAGCGGGGAUCAUUUCAUCUCCCCUGCCGGCCCAUGCAGAGCCAGCCUUGCUGUAAGCCCUCUCAGACUGGUGAUGAGAUCAAAAAUGUUCCACAGUCUACACAUCUGGUGGUCAUGCCCUUGCAUAACAGCGUACUGGCAGAUGAUCAACACAAAGAUCAAGGAGGUCACCAAAGAUGACCUCCACCUACAACCCUUGACGAUGCUUUUGCAUCACACUGACCCGCUGGUACUUAGUUUCAGUAGAGGGAGGGAAGGGCCUGGGAGCCUCUGUGUUCCUCCACGCGAGCAGCCUGGUCAGAUCGUUGCCGUGCGUUACCAUGACAGCGCUCCGAUACAGUACUGUGCUCGCAGGAGGACAGGAGAGUCUGCCUGCAGCCAGAGGAGCUGCAGGCUAAAGUGAACAUGCCACCACUGGACCACCAGGGCUUGCAGCAUUAUGUACCCCCUACCUGGUAAAAGGUAAGAAGGGAGGGGGAGACAUUAAGAUAGAUUUUCACAUCUCAUCCACCUACACACAGAAUAGACCCUAUGCACCUUUCACACACACUACACUCCACACACACAGACUGCCCUGUCACACACUGCACCCCUCACACACAGCAACCCUAACAAACACACACUCUGCACCCUUCACACACACACCACCCCACAAACACACAUAGAAAAAAAGUAGAAUAGAAAAAAGAUACAUUUAAGUACAUAUUUCUCCUUUCUUAAAAAAAAAAAAUCAUACUUGCGCUAUAAAAUUAGUUAUUGUGGCACUGGUGGGCGGUAAGGAAAUUUUACAAUCAACAAAUAUACAAAAGUGGGCGAUAGGUAUUAAAAGGUUGACUACCCCAGACCUAGACAGAAAGCAACUAAUAUCAGUACAGUGUGCAGAUCAUAUCUAUUACCUAGUUUAGGGAGGGAGACCUGUGGACAUAGGAAUGUGACGUGCUGACAUUCAUGCUGGGAGGUGGAGUAGGGAAAGAACGUCAACAGAGAUAAUGGGCAAAAAAAAAAUCCACAAGGAAUUUCCCAGCAAGAUAAAACGCCAUGCACAGUGCUCUGACUUAAUGGAUUCUGUGGAGAGAGGGGAGACUGUGAGAGACCAGUAGAAUGGAUUUAUUGCAGUGGCUGAAAAAACAUUGGUCAGUAUGAAGAACGGAGGGAAGUGAUAUCCCUGGAGGGAGGGGCAAAGGAGGACACAACAGAGAGCAAUAAAUUAAAGAUAGAUUCCUGAAACCAGAGGGCAUAUAAAACAAGCCUAUCAGACAGCUGGAAUUCAAAGCUCCUGACGUCCGCUCCGAAUGCGCGCGCAGUCAAACCGCCUAAAGGAAAGCAUUACUCAAUGCUUUCCUAUGGACGUCAGCAUCAUCUCAGUGUGAUUUCCACACUGAGUAUCGCGGAAGCGGCCUCUAGUGGCUGUCAGACAGCCACUAGAGGCUGGAUUAACCCUCAAUGAAAACAUAUCAGUCUCUGAAACUGCUCUGUUUUCUGCUGCAGGGUUAAAACCAGGGGGACCUGCCACCCAGACCACUUAAUUGAGCUGAAGUGGUCUGGGUACCUAUAGUGGUCCUUUAAGAAAGCCAUACUGGGAUACACUGUAUACACAAAAAAUACAAAGGAUAAUGAAAAGGAAAAAAAUGUGAUAACUCUUACUCAAAGAACUGAUGUGAUCGAAUCAAAUAUAGCAAACAUGGAAGAUAGAUCAAGAAGACUAAACCUGAGAUUCUGUGGCAUUUCAGAAGAAAUACCAUAUGAAAAAUUAGAAUCUCUAUGAUCUAUUUAGAUCUUUAGAAGUAACCCUCCCAAAAACAGAAUAUAUCUAUCUAUCUAUAUAUAUAUAUCUCUAGAUAUCUCUAGAUAUCUCUAGAUAUAUCUAUAUAUCUCUAGAUAUAUCUAUAUAUCUCUAGAUAUAUCUAUAUAUCUCUAGAUAUAUCUCUAGAUAGAGAUAUAUAUAUAUAUAUAUAUAUAUAUUAAAGAUUCCAUCGCCUCUUUAAAGCAAAAACUGUGACUCCACUCUUAUCAGUAUAAAGAAAAAAUACAAGCAGCCUUCAGUGCAAAACUAAAUAAAGAUGAAAAAUGUCAAGAUAUUUUAAAUAUAUCAAGAUCUCUCAAGCUAUACCUGAACAUGGAGGAAAAACUUUAGUCCCAAUCUCUCCAUAUUAAGACCACAUCAAAUAAGAUACUUUUGGAAUUUCCCUAACAAAUUAAAGAUCAUCUGGAAUGGCCAAAAACCUUUAAAGACCCGGACAAUACCAAAGAUUGGCUCAUUAAAAAUAAACUAACAUAAUUACUCAAGCAGCCUUACUCAUGAAUCAUAAAUAUCAAAGAGAAGAGGACAGUGAAGAUAAGAGAAGAAAAUCCAAAAAUAAAAACAGAACUUUUCCUCUUUUUUUCUCCCUCUUUCUUUAAAUUAAUGCAAUUAAGCAAUAUGUUUAUAAACGUUAUUUGAGCACUUAAUGUAGUAGAAUAUAUAUUACUAAACAUAGUUGGUUAAGCAAAAAUAAAAUCAGAAACCGCUCCAACCAUUAGUCAACAAAUGGGGAGGCCCCGAAUUUUAGAAGGGAAAGAAAGGAAAAAUGGCACCAGUGGCACCCAACCUGGCAACAAGGGAAGAUGAAAAAGAAUAUAUAAGAAAUAAGAGGAAUUACACUUUUUUUUUUUCUUGUAUUUAAUAGCACAAGGGGAUUAAGGAGAUAUAAAAAGUAUAACCAAUAAUCUAGGGGAAAUGAAAAUAGAGAAAUGUAGAAUAUUUUAGAAAAUUGAUUUAACAGGCACUUAACAAGAGAACGCACAAUUGAAGAAAAAAAAUCUUCCUUUUUAAGUUUACGCUAAUUAGAAUGAAACGAUUUAAUGUACAAUCAAAAAAAUAUAUUAAACAAAAGGAACUUAUAAAUACACCGAAGUGCACACACCUACACAAGGAGGAAAAGAAACAAAGGGUUAAGGGAAAGAGUGAUAGAUUUAAGAGUAACACAAGUUUUGUAAAAUGAAAUGUAAAAUAAUCAGUUAAAACACUUUAGAAAAAUACUCAACAAUAAACUGAAAGUGUGUGGGAUGUAGAUUUACAGGGUUUUCCCCUUUCCCUUUUCCACACACAUUAGGAACAUUAAUAUGUACUUGGGUGAAUAUAUAUAUAUAUAUAUAUAUAUAUAAUCUUUUUCCUAUACCAGUAGUAUAGAUCAUCUAACCGCAGUACGCUUUUCCCACAGGACAUGUGGGACCUAUAUCUCAGUAAUAUUUUGUAUUAAUCGAGAUACUGUAUGACGGGGGCUUUCUGCCAUACAUCACUUUUAUCUUGGGUUGAACGUUGCUUGGGAUCAAUCCAUCUUAUUUUUAUGUAAUCACAAAUAAUGUUUUUUUUACUUUUCUAUAAAACUUUGGAAACUCAUAGAGAGAGAGAGAGAGAGAGAGAGAGAGAGAGAGAGAGAGAGCAUCGAGAACAGACAAGAAAAUAAAAUUUAAGUUGAUAUCAAUAAAUGCCCGGGGGAUCAAUACACCAUGUAAAAGGUCUAUAAUGGUGGACUUCCUGAUAAAAAAUCAGGUACAAAUUUGUGCCCUGGAAGAACCCCACUGGAUAAGAUCUAAUCAAAAUAUAAUUAACUCAUCAAGAUACCCCACUAUUAUAAGUGCGGCUCUAGAAUACAAAAAAAAAGAGGCGUAACAUUUAAGUUUGAAAAAAAAAAAUUAUCUCCAUAAUCAUUAAUCAUCAAGAUUUAGAGCUAGAUUCUAAUAUGUGAAAUAAAUAAGAUAUUCACGUUAGUUACCAUUUGUGCACCAAAUAAAUCUACAAUAAAUUUUAACAAAAGCGUUGAAAAAAGAGCAGAUUAAACAAGGGUUGGUAUUAAUUAUGGGUAAUUUAAUUGCGUAGUGGACCCUCUGAAAGACAGAGCCAGAAUGACAGAAUAAGCAGGAAAAUAACUGAAAAUUGCAAAACUUACUAAAGAAUCAUAAUCUAAGUGAUAGAUGGAGAACAUUUCAUCCCUCCGACCUAGAUUACACAUGCUAUUCUAGAACUUUCAAUUCAUACUCCAGAAUUGACCUUAUCCUGGGUAACCUGACCAUGCUGUAUCUUGUCAAAAGAAUAGAGAUACAGGAUAUAGCAUGGUCAGACCAUAGUCUAAUUAUGUUGGAAUACGUAGAUAAUUUUGACACAUUUUAAAAAGAGUGGCGUAUAAAAGAAUUUUUUUUUUUUUUAAUUACACAAAAAAAUGUUGAAAAAAUGUAGAAUGUAGAAAAAAUUAUAAUAUAUAUAUAUAUAUAUAUAUAUAUAUAUAUAUAUAUAUAUAUAUAUAGAUAUAUAUAUAUAUAGAUAUAUAUAGAUAUAGAUAUAGAUAUUAUAAUUUUUUUUUUUUAAUAAAAGCAAAGGCACACUGGAUGUCAUGGUCUGGUGCGCUUAUAAAAGUGCAGCUAGAGGCCAUUUGAUAAAAAUGCCAGCCACUGCAAAUAAAAAAUGGAUUUCCGCCCCUCUUUAAACUGUAUAUAACAUUAAGCGAAUAUAAGAGGCAAAAUUAAAAAAACACCUUCCACACAAAUAGCAAGGAAGAUUGCAUAAACAGUUAAAUAUUCAGCUAAUGAAUAAAGCAACCAAACCGUUAGUAGCACUACAAUCUAAGUGCUAUCUAAAGGGUAACAAGCCAGAAACAUUAAUGUCUAAUUUAAAAAAGGAAACAUAAGAGUAAUAUUUAAAAUAAAAGCUAAACAAACCUUUCUAAUGACCCCAGAAAAAAAAUAGGUAGAGCGUUUCAGAGAUUUUACCAGUAUCGAUAUAACCUACCAAAAGAAAUAUAUGGCAAGGAAAAAGAUUGAGGAAUUCUUCGAAAACGUAUCCAUGCCAAAAAUCCUACCCGACCAAUUAAAGCUGAUAAACAAGCCUACAACAGAAAUAGAGAUCAGUAAAUCCACAGAUAAAGACUGCCCCAGGCCCAGAUGGCUUCACAAAUUCAUUUUAUAAACUAAUAAAAGACCAACUAAAAGGGGAACGUACCACCAUUAUCAACUAUAUAAUGAAAACCGUAAGCUGUCCUUGAGAGCUGUUGAGUGAUUAUUGUCCCUAUCCCAAAAGCAGAUAAAGAUUUUCAACCGAUUGGCAAUUAUAGACCUAUAUCAUUAAUACAGUUAUUAAAAUAUUCUCUUCUAUCCUUGCAGAUAGAAAAAUAGUCAUACCACAUUUACUUAAUAAUGACCAAGUAGGAAUCAUACCAGGAAGGUCUUCAAUCAACAAUCUUAGAAAAAUAAACAUAUUAGAAGAAACAGAGAAUAAUGGAACCCCUCUAUUGCUACUGUUAAUGGACACAGAGAAAGCGUUUGACAGGGUUGGAUGGGGUUUCAUGUUUGCCACUGCUACUAAUAAUGGUGCUAGAACCUCUUGUGAUUUUAAUAAGACAAAAAAAAAAAUUAAAGGAUUUGCAAACUCCUUAGGACAAAGUAAAGUAAAUUAAAUAUUUACGCAGAUGACAUUUUACUAACUUUAGAAGAACCAAAAAUCUCAAUCCCAGAGCUUCUGAAGGAGAUAAAUAAAUACGCCAAAGUGUCAGGAUAUAAAAUGAAUAUAAAGAAAUCAAUAUUUAUAGCUAAAAAAUUGAACAAAAGGUUAAUUUUCUUGUUCAAAACCUUGGGCUCUCAGAAAACAAGGACAGGCUAAAAUAUUUAGGUAUAACAUUAACCUCAGAUUUAAAAGACCUAGUAGAAGCCAAUGUUUUUAACCUUAUUAACACAAACUAAUAAAAUCUUAAGGGAUUGGAAAGGUAUGGGGAUUUUCCUGGUCGAGAAGGAUCAAUAUCCUAAAAGCAUAUAUCUUACCAAAAUGGCUGUACCUAUGGAGAAUGAUCCCACAAAAAUUUCCAGAAAACUUUUUAUCUUGACUACACUCAUCCUUUUUUUAAAUUUGUAUGGGGCGACAAGAAAGCAAUAGUUAAAAUGAAGGUUUUGGCUACAUCAAGGCAGGAUGGGUUUGGGGUGCCCGGAAAUUUUACAAUGCUAUCAAGCUAGCUGACUUUUCCAUAUAUUGCUGCAAUCCAAGAAACAUGAUAAAAAAUGGAAAAAGCUAAAACCGUGGUAGGAAAUUUGAUGUCAUUAUUUUGGGUCCUAGAUGUGAACAAAAAAUCCAUCAAAGGGGCACGAACCAAAUCUCAGAUACUCAAAGUUAACAAGUUGGUGGGACAAAUUCUCAGACAACAUAGGUCUCAGAAAUAGAAUAAUAGUUGCGCUCCCUUUUUCUAGUAGCUCAGAUAUGUUAGACAACAUAAAAAUAGACACUUGGAAGACUGGGGGGGGGGGGAUAAGGGAAUUUAAAAAUAUACUGGUGGAACAUGAAAUUAAAACCUAUCAAAUUAUGGAGGAAUUCAACAUUCCCCCAAAGACCCUUUUUAACUUUCUGCGAAUUAAGGGCUUUUUAGCAGAAUAUCUCCUUCAAAAUGAGGGGGAGAAAAUUACCAUCUACUCAAACAAAAAAAAUAUAAAAACCUAAUUGCAAAAUGCGCUAAAGUUUUAUAUACAGAUGGAGACACGAUAAACCGAUAGAACGUAUUAAUAAAUGGGGAAAAAGAACUACAAGUACAUAUAGGAGAAGAAGAGUGGAUAAGCUCUCUAAAUAAAUUAAAUAAAUAUGUAUAGUGCCUAAAUCUUACAGAAACCCUGAAAUUAUUUUUUUUUUAAUAUAUAUAUAUAGCCAAAGUUUAAAUGAGUGGAGCAGAGACAUGACAGAAAUACUUUCAAAGUGUUAAAAACAGUGUUUAGUUGAGUAGACCCAAAUAUAGCUGGAAUAGCUAGGUGUUGAUUGUACUUCUAGAUCAGCUGGUUUUAAACACUGUGAGAGUUUUUCUGUCAUUUCACUGCUCCACUUAUUCAAUCUUUGGUUUUAAUUUUUAUAUAAUAUAAAUAUUUUUAUAAUCUACUCUAACAAACUUCAUUUGGAGAGGAUGGAAACCAAGAAUCAAACAAAAAUUGUGUAUUAGUAGAUCAGAGGGAGGACUUAAUUUUCCAAAUAUCAAAGGGAUCUACCAGGCUAAUAUUAUAGCCCAUAUAUACAGACUUCAAACUAAAAUAAAUGCAAACCAAAAUUGGUAUGAAAUAGAAAAAUCUGAGGUAAAUUCUAUUUAUUUUUUAUUGCAUGGGACCCCAACAUAAAUCUAGAUCAUAAAUAUUUGGAGAGCUAUUGUCUGACAUUUGGGCAGGUCUUGCAAGCUUUGGUUAAGAUAAAGAAAACAUUGAAUAUGCAAGAAUUUAUUCCAUCUUUUCUCCCUUUAGAAUUUUUAGAAAAUACCAUAAAAGAUAUAAAUCUAAAUAAUUGGAGAACUUGCAGAACAUCUAUAAACCAAUUGUUAAAAAGAUCAGAAUUUGGAAAAUUCUGACAAAGUAGAAAUUUUUCAACUACCAUCUAUUGAAAAGGUUAAUGUUAACAGUUAUUUAAACAAAAAUAUAUCAUUAGAUCUUCUAGAAAUUGAUUCCAAGCUGAAACUCAUUUAGCAAUUAAUUGUCUUAGUCUAUUAGAAACCUAUUAUAAAGUAGCUAAUAGAUGGUACAUGGUCCCAAUACGCUUAGCAAAACUAUCAAAUGUGAAUUCUUCUAUAUGGUAGAGAUGUGGCUUAAAAGAAGGCAAUUAUACCCACAUAUGGUGGAAAUGUUUAAAGGUCAAGAAAUUAUGGUUCCAGGUAUUCGAACAACUAGAUGAUAUAUUCAAAAUCAAACUAAAUAGAACCCCACAGGUAGCUCUACUUCAUAUAGACUGGCCACCUUUAAAACUACCAGCUAAACUUUGAAUAAUUCAUUGUUUAACAGCCACUAAAUUAAUAAUAGCUCGAAACUGGAUAUCACCCCCAAAAAAAUUUUGUUUUGAAACUAGUGUUAAAGGAUCACUAUAGUGUCCUCACCCUCAGGGUCCCCCUCCCGUUUCGCUGAAGGGGUUAAAACCCCUUCAGUAGCUUACCUUUAUCUGGCACUGGGGAUCUCUCCUCCCCCGCCGAUGUCAGCUCCCGAGUGGAGCUGCAUGCGCGGCAAGUGCCACGCAUGCAUUCAAACAGUCCAUAGGAAAGCAUUUCUCAAUGCACGUUGGAUGCGAAUUUCGCAGCCAGCAUCGCACAUGCGGCUUUCAGGAAGACAGCCACUAGAGGUUGGAUUAACCCUGCUAUGUAAACAUAGCAGUUUCUCUGAAACUGCUAUGUUUACAUCUAAAGGGUUAAAACCUGAGGGACCUGGCACCCAGACCACUUCAUUAGCUGAAGUGGUCUGGGUGACUAUAGUGUCCCUUUAAAUCAAUUAAUUUUCCAAAUCCAGAUGGACAGACUUACCUGUGGUAGAUACCUAAAAUCUUAAAAAAAAAUUUUUAUUCUUUUUUACAGAUUUGGGACGAAUGGCUAACCAAAUUCAAACCAAGUCAAUAAUAGAUCUCAGACCAAGAGAUGCACACAAGUCCAUUUAUAGCCAAAAAUUGAGAUAUAGAUGGUUACACCUAGACGCAAAUACCUCAUGAAGGCACUUACAACCCCCUCUUAUUACUCCUUUCCUGACACCAUGAUAGUUUUCUUUAUUUAUCAAUUAUUCUUUUAUAUAAUUUUUUUUUCUCUCUUCCUCUUUAUCCCUUGACAUAGAAGGAAUAAUACAAAAAAUAUUGUGAAAUAAAACUGUAUUGUUAUGUCUUGUGAUCAAAUGUAAACACUAUCUUUUUUUUAUUUUAUUAUAAGAUAAAAUUUAAAAAAUAUUACCCAGUUUAGGGGUAAUAUUACACUGCAUUACCCUGUUUUUGAGGUAGUAUUACACUUUAUUACUCCGUUUCUGUGCUUUUAGAUGAGAUUAUAAAAUACAAGCUGUGCUAUGCCCAAAACAAAAAUGGUGUACAUUCUCCAUCUCCAUGAAGAUAGGUUCACUUAUAUGGUCUCCUAGGAUACUGUAUGCAUAUCCAUGGUAACUGGACGCAAGGUAGAUAUAUGAUAUCCUGCCAGUGGUCAGGGGCGGGCUGGGCAGGGAGGCAAUUGCCCCCCAGGCCACCCUAAAUCCUUUUAAAACCGUCCGCUGCAGGGCCGAUCCUAAUACUGCAGCCGCCUAAGCACUCUGUUAAGAGCCUCAGGCGGCUGCAGCACAGCUUCUUCCCUUCCCUGUAGCGUGGCCGAGCUCCUCUCCGGUCCACGGUGCGCAGCCGGAGUGAUAGGAAAGUGUGCACUUCCUGUCAGUCAGGCUGGGUACAGGAAACAAACUCCUAUACCGCACGGAACAGGAGUGUGCACCUUCCUAUCACUCCGGCCGGGCACCUCGGACCGGAGAGAAGCUCGGCCACGCUACAGGGAAGGGAGGUGGGGGGAGGGGAGGAACAGAAGGAUGGGGGGAGAGUAACAGAAGGAGGGGGGGGGAGAGAGCUGUGUAAGGGGCCCCAAAAAAAUGGAGCUGCUUCCAAUUCUCCCAGAACAUUGAAUUUUGUGACCACAGUUGCAAACCGCCUCCAGAGAUCCUGUUCUACACCAGACCAGUGGAGCCAAACUGGAGCCCAUCAUCCUCCUCAUCUGGUUGUAAGUAGGCAAUCCAGUAUAUUAUUAGUGACACUAAUCUAUAAUUUACCUCGCUUUAAAGGGACAUUAUAGUCCCCAGAACCACUUCAGCUUAAUGAAGUGGUUCUGGUGUCUAUAGCCGGUCCCUGCAGGCUUUUUAAUGUAAACACACACUGUGAGCAGCACUGGCGUUAGUUCAUAUGGCAGAUCAUAUGGGUGGGGCAUUGUGAUGUCACAUGGGGGGGCGGCAAAUUCAGCUGUUCCGCAUGCAGCCACAGGUGGCGCUGUGCUGGGAGAAUGUGAUUACUCUUUAGUUCCUCCCAGCCUACAGAGCAGCGCAUGGGAGAGAGAAGAGGCAUGAUUUAAUCUUACAACAAAUCCGUUAAGCAAAUCUUUAUAAAUUUGGGGGGGAUCAGCUCUGUUUACACAGUUUAUUGGUGUUUACUCUGAUGUCUGUAUUAAUAUUGAGAGAUGUCUAAGUAGUAAAGUCAGUGUGUGGAUGUUGGGGUGUGCACGCUGUGCGGUCACGCAUGGUGCCAUGACAACAGAGGCGCCUGGCGGCCAACACAGCUCACAAGUUGGGGACACCAGCAUAUUCAAUUUAAACAAUUCGCUUGUGUUCCACUGGUGCGCACCAGCAGUAGGUGCAGUCAGAUUAUAUCUUCUCCCUUGUGGUUCCGGCGCUCAGUUAGUGAGUCGGAGCACAGGCUCAGAGAUUCUCAGCCUGCGCUCUGACAACAGUCAGAGCCAGAGCCGUGAAGGAGCGGGUCGGGCAAAGAGCUACUGAUUAGCAUAACAUCAAUAUCCGUUAUAAAACCAGGAAAAGAUGGGCAUGGAUGGUGAACUGAUUUGGUGGUGCAAUGGGCCACUUGACUGGUUUUUCCCCCCAGGCCUAAGGCUGCCAGCCCUCCCAUGCCAGUGAUUCUCUAAAUAUAUAGCAAGAGCCAUCCCCAGAUCAGGCUCAGAAUCCAGCACUGACAUGGCGGCGGUAAUGGUAAGUGUGUGUUCGUGCUGGGCGUCCCCGCUGAUGGUGAGUGAUUGUUUCCCGUUGAGUGUCUCCUGUGAGGGUGAGUGUGCUCUCUGACACUUAGUUCUUUGUGACUGUGGAAGGGCGUAUGUUUACGGUUACCUUGGAGACAGUAGUCUGCACUAGCUGGAUACAUAGUAUCGGAGACAAACACUGUGUCUGAGCUGCCAGAGAGCGGGGACAGAGCCUGACACAGCACAGAGUCUCUCUCGCAUGAUCUAAAAUUAAUAAAAACAAUUGAUUUCCGUGAUAUAUAUACAAUCAUUUGCGGUUGUCAGGGAGCUACUAGUAGAUUGCUGGAGACUCCCGGACCAUCCGGGAGGAUUGGGAUGUCUGCGCACGUGGGGGGAAGGGGGGGUUGCAAUUUUUGCCAGAUUUUACCCUUUUUCGGCCGAAUAGGAUAGGACUCUUUUUUUUGGCUGGAAAUUUCGGUGCCUCCUUAGUUUUUACUCACACGUUUUGAAAAUACUUGAAAAUAAAGCUUUGUAAGUUUAAAAAUAACCUGGCUCCUAGAUUCAAAAACCCUCAGUUUAGUAGAUAUACCCCAAUGAAUACAUACAUGUAUAUUUUUAUGCUUGUAUUCAUUGGGGGUAUAGCCUAAAAUAGAUUACAAAAGCUGCAGUUCUUAUGACUGCAGCCUUUGUAAGCCCCUCCCCCCUUUUCCCCAAAAGAGACUUUUUCAGUAGAGCGUGCCUGCCACUUCCCUUGGCUCAUGGGAGCUAACGGAAGUAGGAAGGAAUCCUCCCUUUUAUAUAUUUAUAUAUUUUUUUUUUAUAUAAACAUAAACUGGGGUUAAAUGAGGGUACUCCUCACCCAUAAAGCACUUAAGCAAUCUGAAGUUCUUUUGGGGUGUGGAGUGGUCUUUUAAGACUGAUAGAAAAAGGUGCAAUGUAUAACAUAAAUUAAAUAAAGAUAUGGGCAGCUACAUAAAUCCACAAGCGACUAAAACUGAGUGUAAGCUCAUAGAUCAAAAGGUAUGUGCGCUCGUCAAUAUAAUAAAAUAGAGAAACCUAUAAAAUGCAAAUAUACAUUUAUUAAUAUAAGACUUGUAUAUAUGUGUAAAUAAUAUAAAUCAAACAUAAAAUCAUGACCACACUAAUCUAAUGCUGGUUGACAGGAAGUGAUCCUAAGAGAGGCAAAUACAGCCAUACAAAUAUAGAUACAAAAGUAGGCAGUAGGCUUGAGAAAGUCCCGUGGGAGGGAUGAAACGCGUAGACUCGCUACACCUGAUUGUUUGAUCCUCCGAUCUGCUGUUGCUGGGAGUGCCUUAUGAACUAUUGAGAGUGAGAGCGUUUUGGCGAUUACAGCUACUUCACGAUCCCUGUAGGGGGGUUGGUCUUUUUACACCGCAGGCUUUUUUGAAGAUACCGGCCACGGUGUAACAGUUCAUCUUUUACUGACGGAUCAUCACUAGUUUUCGUUGGGAGUGUGUUUCCAUCACACCGCGGUCUUUUUAGAAGAUCCCGACCGCGGUGCAACGGUCAAUUCCCCCGGGGGUCUGCUAUCCGCAAUUGUUCACCGCUCCAUGUAUUUAUCAUAUCCUCUCAAGGUUUCUAUCAUCAUUUUUUAUUUAUACCUCGGUGGGGGCCCACACCGAGGCAAGGUUCUUUUUGUAUACAUGUAUAGGUUUUUUAUUUUUAGUUACAUUGUAGGCAUUUGGAUCCUUAGACACUUUGUUUUAUACAUUGUGUCUAUGGUGGUUUCAUCUGCCUACUUUUGUAUCUAUAUUUGUAUGGCUGUAUUUGCCUUUCUUAGGAUCACUUCUUGUUAACCAGCAUUAGAUUAGUGUGGUCAUGAUUUUAUGUUUGAUUUAUAUUAUUUACACAUAUAUAUCUUAUAUUAAUGAGUGGUCUUUUAAGCCAUAAUGUAUCGAACUCCAUGAUACAAAAAAAAAUUACCUUUUUAUUUAGUAGAUUUUCACUAUCACCUCCACAUUGAGGUUGUGGGACCCAAUCAAUUAUCUGUAUCUUUAAUCGUGAGAUGUUCAGUCUUAUUUCCUCAGUGUUGGGUAAUUGGUAUGUGACGGAGCUCCUAUACUCAGGCCAAGAAUCCCUUCUGUUCUGGGACAGAGUACCCAAAGUGAUUAUAGCUUGCCCCAAGAAUUAUCUGAGGCUUAAUGAAGGGGGGUGCUUCCAUUCCUUAUAGAGAGUAAACCCUUAGCCUGUAAGGAAAACAUAUUUUGUUUCCUGUGAACAAAUGAAUUCGGCUAAUGAAUGAGUGGCAAAAUCGACAUCCGGCUUUAGCAGCUUUGGGAAGCCAGAGGUUGUAACCAUGCUGCACAGAUGACCAAGAGGGCAAACUGUUGUAUAACUAUUACCGGGAUACUCCUACAUUCAUAGACACUAGUGUGGACUGUAAUGGUAAUGAUGGCUGUAGUAACACUUAAAGAAAAUACUUUUCAUAGUUAGUACAAUUUCCACCAAUAAAAUGAAUGCAACUAAUUUUACUUUUGGAACUUUUUCCCCUUUAGGGUAAAUUUAUUUUAUGUGCUAUUUAUAAAUGAUUGGCUUGUGGUAUUGCAGCUGUCAUCUUAUUUGUCAUACAACUUGAAUUUGCUUUUAACCUUACAAUAUUAUUUCUUCUUUAAAGAGCACACUGGCAUCUUCAACCAUCUGCUAACCCUUAAAGCACCCGAGGAAUGGCUGCGGUUUUUAGUGAAAAUGGAAAAUUCAGGGUUACCCCAGACUGACAGGAUGCUGCUCAAUAAACUGAUUGAAAAUUACAGCCGUGCUGUUGGGGCUCUUCCUGCAGAAAAGCACAGUCACAAUGAGAGCUAUGCCCAGAUCCUUGUGCGUUUUGCAGAACUGAAAGCGUAAGUGUGAAUAUAUAAUUUUCAGACAGCAGCAGUGCAAGGCUCGAAGUGUAAUUUUGUUUCUCUGCAUUUGCACACAGACAUUUGAAAUGGUAAUAGCAAUAUAUGUGGGAUUCACUUCAGGAGAUUUGAGAAUACUUGAUUACCAGCAAGAUUUUACUUAAUUAUCUUGAUUGUUCUUUAGUUGUGAUUUGAAACAGAGAUAAUUUAAGUGAUCUAUACUUUUACAUUGAAAAAAUUUCUACUUGACUAAUAAAUUUAUUGAGUUAAUUUUUAUCUUUCUACAAAUUGUAAUCAGGUUAAUUGAUCCAGAAGAAGCACGUGAACAAUUCCAGUUGGCAAGAUUAAAUUGCAAGAAAUUUGCUUUUGUGCAUACAGGUUUUGCGCAGUUUGAAUUAGCUGAAGGUAAGUGAAGACUGGUUUUAUGAUGGAUUUAUAACGUUAAACCCCUUGCCUUUCUCAUGCACUAAUUACUAUUCUAAAACCUGAGUUUUUUGUCGUUCCAAUGGCGUUAGGAUUAGUGUCUUCAGGACCAUAGAGCACUGGGUAGAGGUCAUACUUUCACUCCACCACUACCUGAGAGUGUCCAAAUUAAGACUAAAUUCCAUAGAGUAGGUUUAAGCACUAUGGCAAACAUGAAAUGUAAACUAGCAGAGUAGGAUGGUUGCGGUCCAGGGUAUUCUCUGUGUCAAAACCAGACGGCAAAGAAUUGUGAUAUGGAACUGCCAGUCAAAAAAAUGGGUAUGAGCACAAAAGGUCAGACUAGCCUCAAGGCUUUAUGGAAAUGCCAUACUACGACACACAUGCUCGAUGUGUGAACACACUGAAUGUCAAUAGACAAGUUGUACUUACAUCCACUGUAGGUGCCUUAGGGUAGUGUUGCACAGCCUUGAAGCUUUACCAGUGCAUGUGGUUGCUGUAACAUCCACAUAGAAUACCAAAAAGAGGGAAAGGGUGUAUGUAGGACUCUGUAUAGUGCAAAGUAGCACCUCCAUAUGUUUUAUCCAUGACACAGGGUUUAGUGUUAGGAACAUUAACAUGUUGGACUUCCUGACUUUUUUUAUUUUAUUUUUAAUUCUUUAUUUUUGUUGUGCGUGGGGUUACAGACAUAUCAAUAGGCGCCACAACAGCGUCUCAGGAUUCACAUAGAUUAGACAAUGGCAUGGUAAUUUGCACGUUUUUAUAGUUUACAUGCUUGACUAAAUAGUUAUUGCUACAGCAUGAGAUUUAGCUAAAGUAGCUAGCUUAUAGAGAAACAAUAAAACAUAAAACAUUAAUUAUUGAUAACUUUGUGUGUACGGUUAGUCGAUUAGCAUCAGAGAGAGUCAGCUAGUGGCACAUGGUAUAGGUCUAGCUCGCUGCGCUGCUUAUAAAACCUCCAUUAAGAAACAAUAGGUGGUCGUAACUUAAGUCUUGGUUCUAUCUGGUUCUAUUAACAGUGUUUGAAUGGUUUUGCAACUAGCUUGUCACAUAAAAAGUAUGAAUUCAGCUUAAACCUUAGCUGUCCUUUUCCUUUCUCUCCUCCCAUCUCCCUCCCUUUCUUCUUUCAAACGUUUGCAUAUAUCUGACGCUUGGUGUUUAGCUUUCGAGGGGGAGUAUAAACAGUGGGUUAAAGUAACUUAAUACCUGCUUCUAUCCAAUAAGCAAUAAUAGAAUGGCUGUGCACCUGGUUCGACAUAUUAAAAGUGCUAUAUCGGCGGCAUAUUCGGCGUUUCCCAUUUUCUUUUCACGUCUCCUCUUCCCCUAUUCCUUCUUGUCCCUCCUUCUUCCCCUUCCUUCCUUCUCUCCUCCUCCUAUCCUGUUUGCUAUUCCUUAAACACAUGUAAGUAAGUAUAAGUGAGUUGGGGCGGUGCUGUGAUUGCGUAACAUUAGUAGUAAUAUGCUAGAAACAUUUACAAGUGAUGUUACAUAUCCAUCGCUUUGUGGCAUUAUGUUAGUUAUGUUGUAUGUAUAAAGCCUAUAAAUGGUAGGGUGAUGCCCCAUCCAUGCUAUGGGUAAACCGUUUAGUGUAAUUGCCUGGCGUUAGUUAUAACAGGGUAGAAACAUAAACAUAUGUCGUAAAAUAACCCGAGCUUUUUCUGGUGCUGGGGUUGCUAUAAUCCUUUAUAUAAAAUCUAUAUAUAUCAAUGUUGUUAUCGAUGGGCUACUGCUAUUCUGUUUUCAUGACAGGUAUAGUGCAUGAGUGAACAAAACAGUAUGCUUAGGUGAUGAAUAGGUACCCAAGAUGCGUUAUGCCGCUAGGCCAACAGUCCCAUAUCAGAGUCUCUGAAAAAUAGAAGAGAGGAGAAAGGAAAAGAAAAAGAAAAAAAAAAGGGGGGGAAGGGGUUGUGAGUCCUGGGUGUUACUUGUUGCCCCCAUCAGGCAUGGUAAUCCACUGUAGCCAGGUGCCGGCCGGUGUCGCUGCUCCACUUAGGUGGUGACCGCCGCAUAGGUGAUUGGUGUAGGGUUUCGAGGCACGAAUGGUGCGCUGUUCGCCGGGUCCCAGCUGGUAUUCGGUGUGUAGGGAGCCCGGAGGCCCGUUUGGAGGAGCGAGUCCCAGGUUAGGCCCAAGUCCCGUAAUAGCUCUGUUGCGUCUGGUGGGUCAUGAAUUUGGUGGGUGGUCUCGCCCCUUUGCACGAUGAGUGUGUGAGGGGACCUCCAGCGGUACGGGAUCUGUCGGUGUUGGAGUGUGGCGGUGAGAGGUCGGAGCAAUCGGCGCCACACUAAUGUUCCCCCUGACAAGUCAUUAUAAAAAGUGAGUGUUGCGUUCCUGAAUUUCACGGGAGUUUUCCCCCGGAGGGUGUUGAGGACCGUUGCUUUGUCUCUGCCGUUCUUAAAAGUCAGGAUUGUGUCCCUCGUGCUAGUCGCUGGGGCCCCAGUGGGCUUUGGGAUCCUGUAGAGAUCUGUGGGUUCGAUAGACGUGUUUGGGCCCGGGGGAAGUAUGGUGGCCAAGAGGUUUCAGAUUGUGUGUGGGAGCUCUGCCUCUGGUGGUCCCUCCGGGAUCCCCCUGACCUUAAUAUUAUGUCUCCUCCUCUUGUCUUCUUGGACAUCCAAGCGCCGUUCUAACAGUGUGUGUUUGCUGUGCAGCUCAUGCACUUCGCCCUGCAGUGCGGUGAUGGCGCGCUGGUGAUUUUGAGAGGAGUCUUCCAGCACGGUAGUACGGCCUGUCAGGCCCUGCAGCUCUCCUCUAAGUGCGGAGAUGUCUGCGAGAAUAUUAUUCUGCAGGUCUGCCAGUAAGGCUUUCAACACUCCGGUGGUGACUGGGUCUGCAUCGGGGUCCGACCUUGGUUUGCCCGGUGUGUGUUUCACUAUUGGGGUUGGCGUGAGGGGAUAUUCCUCGUCCGCGUCCUCUGAGUAUUCAUCAGAGAAAUCUGUGCAGCCCCCGUGGAGCGCCGCCAUAUUGGCUUCGCUCGGGCCUCGUGCUUGCCUCCACAUGUCUCCGAUUGUGAGCCCCGGGGCUGGAUUGUCCGGUGAUCUUUUCUUAUUUUUGCGCCCCAUGGAGCCUGCUGGGAUCCUGCGUGGAGUCUGCUCGCAGUUGGGGUAAGUUUGGUAUAAAUUAGGCAUAAUUUCUUCGUUUGCAGUACGGAGCUCCAGGGUUGUGCGACCGUUCGCCUCUGCUGCUUGGCUCCGCCUGACUUUUAUUAUAUAAGCAUAGUCUUAAAAAGUCUUCAAAAACAUUAUUAUUCGCUGCACAUCACACAACCCAGGCAGUGACAGUAUGUCAACUGUGUUGUAUUAACAAUAAACUAGCUAAAUUGUCUUUCCAUUUAUAUGUGGAGUGUCUCUAAUAACUGUCACAAGUGCACACUAUUCCAAGCAAGCUUACACCUUGGUUCAAUAGUGAAAAGGUUAAAAUCACUAUUUGUCUGCACUAAACUGAAAAUAAUAUAAAUUUAAAAAAAUAAUCCUUAUUAACACCAGCUAUACAUAACGCUACUAUUAAACCUGUCCCUCCCUGAAGCCACCAUUCUUUUCCAUUCGCUCUAGUACUUCGUAUACCAGGAGCUGACGGCUCUGUCCUCUCUCACAGAUGCAUUGAGAUAUUUGAAGGAUGCCGCAGGAACCUCCUUUGAAAGAGCAUAUAUAAUAUGCACACUCUUUUUCUUUUUGGAGAAACACAUUAAAAAAAGCUUUCUAUUGAGGAUGGAUUUAUUUAUUAUUAUAAUACAGCUGUCACUGGUGACAAUUGGGGGAACAAUAAGUUUGACAAAAAGUAGCUGUACAUUUUUUUAAAUUUUUUUUCAAGCAGCUUUGUCUCAGUGUAUCUUUAAUCUGUUCAAUGAAAUUCCAACACAAUCAAUCUAAGCAUGGUCAUUGAUAUGGGGUUGACCGCUGCUUUUAUAUUUAUUAUUGACCAACAAAUCAUUUACACCAACAGUUAAAAAUAAAAAGGUGAACUAGAGUAAUCCUGAUUAUCCCCCUCCCCUUUCAUAUGUAUCUAUUUCCUUAUGCUUUUCACAUCUACUCUGAGGCUGAAUAAACUCUCCUAGCUGUGAGGUGUGCUCAAUGAUGCACCCUGACCAAGUUUAUAGUAAGUUUAUAAAUGUUUAUUACAUAUUUUUAAAAGUUUUUUUUUUUUUGGUUUGUAUACUUGUUUAAGAGUAUCUACUUGCUAGUUUAAAAGAAAAUUGUCAAGUGAUGCAUGUCCCUUUUUAAAAUUUGAAAUUCACUUUGAAUUCUCAUUUUAGUAAAUAACAGGCAUGGCCUCGGUACCCUCUCGAUACCCAGGGAUUUCCCGGCUUGGCUGAAUUGAUAAUGCAGAAUUAAAACAUGAGUUAGUAGGACACUCACAUAGAAUCAGUGUCAUCUAUAUUGAAGGAAGUUUUUAUGGAUGUGUUAAUUCUAGAAUAUUUAUAUAGGUUGUUUAAGAAAAAAAGAGGUACUAUUUUGUUUUUUGGAGUAAGUUAUUUAUUGUCACAGUGUAUCAAAAGGCAAAUCUUCAGCCAGCUACAUAACGUCAUUCACGUGCUUGAAAUGUUCUUUUUAAAUUCCUAAACUAUAGAUAACCUAUAGCUGGUUACUUUAUGCACAUCACAAUUUAUGACUACAUGUGAUAUGAACAUGAUGCCAUUUUGAAAUAUCCAUGUACUAACUCUGUCACUCUCCUGCAUAGUUUUAUAUGGGUUAGAAAUCAAGACUAUGCUUUCUUUUAUUUGUUUUGUUAGGCAAUUCUAAAAAAAGUAAGCAGAUUCUACAAAGAGGAAUGGAUUGUGGUGCUAUUCCAACUGAAAUGCUCGAACUGGCAAUGAAAAACCUACGAUUAAAGAAAUCACAGCUUAUUUCAGAAGAAGAUAAAGAGAAUUUGUCAGGUGAGCAAACACUAACAUGUAUGUGUUUGGGGUGAGAGCAUGUCCCUGGUUCUUAUUUUUGUUCCUUUUUUCUUUGCAGAGUUCUCAAGUCAAAGCAGUCAAGACUCAGGCUAUCAGAGUUGUAUCAUUCAAAAUACCCAAAGAAUAAAGAGUGACAGUUCAGCGGAGAUCUCUCUAAAGAUGAGGAGUUACUAUGGGUACUUAAUUUAUAUACUUUGUAUGAUAGCUUAAAGGAAAAACACAAGCAGGAAGAGCAGCCUCCAGGCUGUCUGACAGCCAUGAGGUUCAUCCUAGCCACUUUAUAAAAGUACAUUCUUUCUUUCGAAAUUGCCACUUUUACAAAGUAACAAGGGUGGACACAACAAUCUGAUGUACUUUAGGAGUUUGGAGUUUUCUUUUGUGGCCCUCUAGCAUGUAAGCUCAUCGAGCAGGGCCCUCAACCCCCUCUGUUCCUGUACAUCAGUGGUCUGAUCUCAAUUAUUUGUCUGUUAGUCCACCAAUUGUACAGCGCUACGGAAUUUGUUGGCGCUAUAUAAAUUAUAAAAUAAUAAUAAUGAGAAAAUAUAAUUUAAACAAGCGGGACGUUUCCAUUUUAAUGUAGUUUUUGUUUUGUUUUUUAAAUAAAUGUAGCAGGUCUUCUAUACAUCUAAUAAUGCUUAAUAGGGCAUUAAAAAUUGAUGAUUCUAAGGACCGGGUUGUGAUUAGCACUUGGAUAUCGUUUGUUAAUGGUUGUUUUACUGCUCUUUCAAUAAACUAAGCCAUGAUGUUGUCAUUUACAGAGAUCGGUUUAGUUCUCCCGAAGAAUGUGAUGAAAGUGGGAGGAAGCCUUUAGUGAACAUGCCUAACAAGGUAAUUAUCACUUUGAUAUGAUCUCACAGCAGCUAUAUGUAAAAUCUCUCAAUACUGCAAGGUGUUCAUUGUGUUUUCCUUUCAUUGUGUUUUCCAAGACAUGUCCAGUUGGUAGAGUACCUAUACAUCUGGUUACUUCCCCAGACUCCCCAUCAAAACAAGAAGCUCCCCCUGUUGUUAAGAAGUAAGUGUCUAUAAUUAAGAUGUGCAUGAGUAUGUGGGCAGCUGUCUGUGUAGUGGAGCAUGUGUUUAAGAAUCAGUAAUGAAACCCAUUUUACUUGUCAUAACCAUGAAGGACCACUAUAGGCACCCAGACCACUUCAGCUCAAUGAAGUGGUCUGCGUGCCAGGUCCCCCUCGUUUUAAACCUGCAGCUGAAAACAUAGUUUCAGAGAAACUGCUAUGUUUACACUGCAGGGUUAAUCCAGACUCUAGUGGCUGUCUCCCAGUCCGGCACUGGAUUAAGGUAAGCAAAUAAAUGGUUUACCAUUUAUUUGCUGCAGAACAGGGCCCUAGUCACCUAAACAGGAACUAGGGCUCUACAGCGUUAGGAAUACAAAAUUUGUAUUCCUAACACUAUAGUGUUCCUUUAAUAACAUUCCCACUGUCGUUUUAAUGACUAGUUGAUGUUCUAAACUCUUACCUUGUUAAAAUUUUUUAUCUUUGGGAAAAGUGAUUUUACUUACACUACAAGAGGUUUAAGAACUAAAAGUAAUCCAAAAAGAAGUUCGGGCACACAGAGUGUCAUAAGUAGGCACAUUUAUUGGGACUAAGCUACUUUGUCUUAUGAUUUAAAGAGAAAUGGAUUAGAAAUGAAGAAAAGAACUGAUUUAAAAAAAGAAAAACAAUAGGAGAAAAUUAAGUUUGAGGUGACAGAGCUACUUUUAGCCCAAAAGUGGUACACCAGGGCUCGACAAAUCCCAGGCCAUACUGGGCUACUAGAAAUUUCGCUCUGGAGUCAGGGAUGUCAUCCCUUUAGUUAAGGCGUCCCCUCGAGGGAGCAUUGAACCCGGCCGCAGCGGGAUGAUCUCAGGCAAUCCAAUGCUUUCCAAUAAAGUAUUGGGAGGCUAUUGUGCAUGCACUACAAAACUCUGCGCCAAUUCACAUCUCCUCAUAGAUAUGCAUUGAAUCAGUGCGUCUCUAUGCAGAGUGUGGAGAUGCUGAAUGUAGGUGCUGCACACUGUGCACCACUGACACAGGAACAUCUCUAGUGGCUGCCUGAGUGACUACCAUUAGCGGUGUCACUUGGAAGCAAUGUAAACAAUCCCAUUGAAAAGCCUGCAGGGAUGGGAUAUAGGCACCAAAACCACUACAUUAAGCUGUAGUGGUCCUGGUGACUAUAGCGCCCCUUUAAGAAAUGUAUUUUUGUCCUUGAAAAUAAAGCUUUUGUAAGUUUAAAAAUAACCUGGCUCCUUACUUUUUUUUAACUGGCUCCUAGAUUCAAAGCAAAUUUGUUAAGCCCUUAUUUAAUCACUUAUCAUUGUACCGCAAAAUUACUUUCUCAAAUUAUUUUCAUAUAAUGGAAUCUUCUUUUUAACAUAGUUGCUCAACAAUAUACCAGCUCAAAUACCUGAUGAUGCAUAAAAAAAUAUUAAUAAGAAAAACAUAAUGGCCACUCAAGAAGGUUCUCUCUAGACAAGCAAAUAGAAAAUCUCAAAAGAUCUAAUUUCCACGUAAACUUUACAAAGUAACAAGGAUGGACACUGCAAGGUGAUGUACUGUAGGAGUUCGAAGUUUUUAUGGCUCAAAGAGAGAAUAACUCCACCAUGAGAAAAUAUAAUUUAAAUGAGCCGGACAUUUCCAUGUUAAUAUACACUGCUCAAAAAAAUAAAGGGAACACUUAAACAACACAAUGUAACUCCAAGUCAAUCAUACUUCUGUGAAAUCAAACUGUCCACUUAGGAAGCAACACUGAGUGACAAUCAAUUUCACAUGCUGUUGUGCAAAUGGGAUAGACAACAAGUGGAAAUUAUAGGCAAUUAGCAAGACACCCCCAAUAAAGGAUUGGUUCUGCGGGUGGUGACCACAGACCACUUCACAGUUCCUAUGCUUCUUGGCUGAUGUUUUGGUCACUUUUGAAUGCUGGCGGUGCUUUCACUCUAGUGGUAGCAUGAGACGGAGUCUACAACCCACACAAGUGGCUCAGGUAGUGCAGCUCAUUCAGGAUGGCACAUCAAUGUGAGCUGUGGCAAGAAGGUUUGCUGUGUCUGUCAGCGUAGUGUCCAGAGCAUGGAGGCGCUACCAGGAGACAGGCCACAGUACAUUAGGAGACGUGGAGGAGGCCAUAGGAGAGCAACAACCCAGCAGCAGGACCGCUACCUCCGCCUUUGUGCAAGGAGGAGCACUGCCAGAGCCCUGCAAAAUGACCUCCAGCAGGCCACAAAUGUGCAUAUAUCUGCUCAAACUGUCAGAAACAGACUCCAUGAGGGUGGUAUGAGGGCCCGACGUCCACAGUUGGGGGUUGUGCUUACUGCCCAACACUGUGCAGGACGUUUGGCAUUUACCAGAGAACACCAAGAUUGGCAAAUUUGCCACUGGCACCCUGUGCUGUUCGCAAAUGAAAGCAGGUUCACACUACGCACAUGUGACAACCUGGAGAUGCCGUGGAGAACGUUCUGCUGCCUGCAACAUUCUCCAGCAUGACCGGUUUGGCAGUGGGUCAGUAGUGGUGUGUGGUGGCAUUUCUUUGGGGGGCCGCACAGCCCUCUGUGCUCGCCAGAGGUAGCCUGACUGCCAUUAGGUACCGAGAUGAGAUCCUCAAGCCCCUUGUGAGACCAUAUGCUGGUGCGGUUGGUCCUGGGUUCCUCCUAAUGCAAGACAAUGCUAGAGCUCAUGUGGCUGGAGUGUGUCAGCAGUUCCUGCAAGACGAAGGCAUUGAUGCUAUGGACUGGCCGUCCGUUCCCCAGACCUGAAUCCAAUUGAGCACAUCUGGGACAUCAUGUCUUGCUCUAUCCACCGUCACGUUGCACCACAGACUGUCCAGGAGUGGGCAGAUGCUUUAGUCCAGGUCUGGGAGGAGAUCCCUCAUCUGCCACCUCAUCAGGAGAAAGCACAGGCGUUGUAGGGAGGUCAUACAGGCACGUGGAGGCCACACACACUACUGAGCCUCAUUUUGACUUUUUUUAAGGACAUUACAUCAAAGUUGGAUCAGCCUAUAGUGUGUUUCCAAAUCCAGACCUCCAUAGGUUGAAAAAUGUGAUUUCCAUUUUUUAGUUUUUGUGUGAUUUUGUUGCCAGCACAUUAAACUAUGUAAAGAACAAAGUAUUUCAAAAGAAUAUUUAAUUCAUUCGUUAUUUUUGUGUUCCCUUUAUUUUUUUGAACAAUGUAGAUUUUUUUAUUUUCAAAUGUAGCAGAUCUAUAUGCAUCUAAUAAUUCUUAAUAGUGCAUUAUAUAUUGUUGCUUCUAAGGACCAGAUUGUGAUUAGCACUUAGAUAUCUUUUGUUAAUAAUUUAAUAAUUGUUUUACUGCUCUUUCAAUAAACUAAGCCAUGAUGUAAUUUACAGAGAUCGGUUUAGUUCUCCCGAAGAAUGUGAUGAAAAUGGGAGGAAGCCUUUAGUGAACAUGCCUAACAAGGUAAUUAUCACUUUGAUAUGAUCUCACAGCAGCUAUAUGUAAAAUCUCUCAAUACUACAAGGUGUUCAUUGUGUUUUCCUUUCAUUGUGUUUUCCAAGACCUGUCCAUUUGGUAGAGUCCCUAUACAUCUGGUUACUUCCCCAGACUCCCCAUCAAAACAAGAAGCUUCCCCUGUUGUUAAGAAGUAAGUGUUUAUAAUUAAGAUGUGUAGGAGUAUGUGGGCAGCUGUCUGUGUAGUGGAGCAUAUGUUUAAGAGUCAGUAAUGAAACACAUACAUUUUACGUGUCAUAACCUUAAUAACAUCCCCACUGUCGUUUUAAUGACUAGUUGAUGUUCUAAACUCUUACCUUGUUAAGCUAUUUUUUUCCUGACCUAUGGUGGCAGUACACUGUGGAUGUACUCUUCCCAUGGGACAAGCAUCUGAAAUUAAAAUAAAAGUUCCUCCCCAAUAGGUAUAAGACAUCGACCUGCCAUGGACCCUCGGUUCUCUUUCUUGUUCCAUCAGGAACAAACGGAAUCUGUAUUCUUGCGGUGAGGCACAUGGGUUGCUGCCUGGGGGAUAGCCUCCCGGGUGGAGAGCUGAGUGGCCUGUGUUCAUCCUGCAAAGUUACGGAGCAGGUAUGUGUAGUUGGCGUUAUGCCGAGUCACCGGCAAAGCAAGUAGGUCGUCUCAAGCGGCAGCAAAUCACUGCCCGAGCGAGACGCAUGCGCACAGCGGUGGAACGCAGGCCCGGGAGGUGAUGCGCUCCACUGGAGUUCCAGUGCGCAUGCACGGUCGGAAUUCCCGGAAAUGGCACUAAAUUUGAAAAAUUGGUGCCUAUUUAAGCUGUGCAGAUCCUACUGACCGCAUCGAUGCUAGCCAGCAAGGAUCUCCCGUGUCACCAGUCCCACAUGGGUCAGAGGUUUUAGAGAUGAGAUGUUUUCAGUCUCAAAUCUUUAAGAUCUGUGUCUAUUCUAUUUGGCUUAUAUUUAUACAGUUUUGUAAUUUCUUUAUGUAUUGCAGAUAUGUCUAGUCCUGUCUCUCCAAAUAUUAUGGAUAAAGACAAAGUGCCUGCUCCUGUUCCUUAAAAAGCUAAUUAUAAAUCGAAACAUCUGAGUUGUAGCGAAUGUUCCACACCCUACCAGAUGGUACAAAAAGGAACAUCUGCAAUCAGUGUUGGUCCUUAUCGCUGGAUAAGUUCAAGCAACAGGACAUGAAGUAAUUUUUCUUGAUAAUCUGGCCCAAACAUUUAAGUCAUUCAGAGCUACCACUAAGUCAAAUGUUACAGCACCUGUUAAAGAUACAGCUAAACAGAGGCAAAAACGGAAGAGAUCUUCUUCUAGAUCAGAACUGUCUUCACGCAAAUUUUCUAUGUCUUCCUAUUUGGAAACUUCCAGCGAUUCUUCUCUGAUAGAAGUCGGUUUCCCACAUGAAGAAUUAAGAAAGUUUAUUAAGGAAGUUAAUGUUGCCUUCCCUGAAGAAGUAUCAGAAAAAGCAAGUAGAAAAGCCCUACCAAUCAACAGCAGAUUUUGGAGCUCAUGUACAGGGAGUGGAAAAACCCAGUGUGGCAAACUCCCUUUUUCAAGUGAGUUUGCCACAAGUUCCUGGAGGAGCCUGCUUGCCAGCCUCCUGCCCACAGACUAUGGACCUUUUAAAAAAAAGUCUCAGUUCGUGUGUUUGAACUUUAUGGUUCGGGAACCAAACAGCCGCACGAACCGGAGACCACCCUGGUGCUUGUUAAGCCUAAUUGAUACUUUGUAACAAUUUCCAUCUCCGUGUUCUAAGUGUUCGUCUGGGUGGCCGCAAUUCCUAUGGACGACCACAAGGUGGCAGCCAUCUUGUUCGCAUGAACAAAGGCAGCAGUGUUUGGUCGUCGAGUUCAUGGAACUAUUUUCGGACACUGAAACUCCCAAACACCGCUGGACUUGAAUGAUGGCCUGUGUUCAGUUUUAUAACACUUAGGAAGACACCGUUAGGUGAAAACGUUCUCAUGAACAAGGGGAUCAAGCUCCAGGGUAAGACUAUUGACUAUGUUCGGUAGUUUGUUCGUUUUUAAACUUCCGAACUAGACCGACCACAAGCCCUGACUCUCUGGAACCGUUUUGGGCAUGGGACCAUGUGUCCAGCCGGUCAAAUUAUGACUUCCAGGAAAUUCUUGAACAUCUGAACCGAUCUGGGUGAUUUUUGUAUAUGUUGGUCACCCAGAUCAGGGCUAUCUAAGCUUUUGUGCUUUUGAGGGGUGUUUUUUUUUUUUAUGCCUGGAGAUAAAUGUUUUGUACAGUACUUGACUCUAUUAUCUCCCAGGCACAGAGGAAGGAUUGUCUUGUUUUGUAUGGGAAUGUCCUGGACCUGAGAGCCAAAGUAAUCGUGUGUAUGUUUUUACUGUAGUCUACUUUCAGGUCCAGGGGGGAGUGCUUCUUGCACGGGGGCCUGCAUAUAAAGCCAGUUGUGGCUACCAUUAAACUUAUUCCAGCUUGUACUUCCAGAACUAUGUGUCAUCUGGUUACUGGGAGGGGAAAGGGCUAAUCACUGUUCCAGCGUGGAGGAUUCAUCGGAUACCUGGAAGCCCAGAUGCAAGAACCGUUCAGUCACUAAUAUCUUUCAAAAAGGAGAUUUUAUGGCAACGUUGGAUUUGAAAGAUGCCUACCUGCACAUACCUAUGGACGUACGAUCAAGAAAGUAUCUGCGAUUCGCCGUAAGAAAGAUUUGUAAGGUUCAUCACUUUAAAUUCAAAGCCCUUCCAUUCAGUCUUGCCUGCUCCCAGGAUUUUUACAAAGGUUCUAACGCCUAUCACAAUGUUCCUAUGGGAACAAGGAAUCAGUUAUUCCGUACUUGGACGACUAGUUCAUAAAGGCAAGUUCCAGAGACAUUCUAGAGACGGAUGUGGCUGUAAACUCUCAAAAUCCUAGAAGAACAUAGUUGGGUGAUAAACUAAGAAAAGUCUCAUCUGCAUCCUACAAAGUCAAUUCCGUUUCUGGGUUUCUUAAUCAAGUCAGACACUCUUGCCAUCCACCUGACUGCAAAAGAAAGAUAGAGAAGCUGAUAAAAGAACUCCAGAGAGAACCAUAAUAUUCUGUGAGAAGAGGUAUGCAGAUUUUGUGACACCUCACUUCCACUAGCCCAGCAGUAAAAUGGCAUUUGCAGUGGGAAAUUCUUACAAAGUGGUCAAAGAAAGAAGAAUUGGAUACCUUGAUAAAUAUUUCAGAUCCUGUAAGAAAACCACUAAAUUGGUGGCGAAGGACAAGUUUCAUGUCGAGGUCUAUUAUUUCGACCAAAGGAAUGGAUCAUAAUCACCACAGACGCUUCAAAUACAGUUUGGGGAGCACACCUGUAGUGUUACUUAAGGCAAGGAACAUGGUCAGCAGAAGAAAAAAAGGAAUCCUCAAAUUACAAGGAGUUGAUAACCUUUUUGUAUGCUCUUCAUCAGUUCAGAGCUCUCAUUGUGGGGAAAGCGAUAGAAAUUCAGUCAGACAACCAGACUACGGUAGCUUACCUGAAGAAACCAGGGGUGGGGUACAAGGAUAAGAAAAUUGCACUCCCUUUGCACACGGAUUAUGUCCUGGGCUCAGUCAUCUAGAAGAGCUAUCCGCUACUCAAAUAAGAGGGAUAGACUACUUAAGCAGGUCAAGAUGGUUUCUAAAUCCUUUCAUUUUUUUUUUUUUUUUUAAUCAGCUGGUAGAAAUGUUCGGUCUACCUGUCAUAGAUCUUAUGGCAAAAAGGUCGAAUGCAAAGGUGCAAGCAUUUGCCUCCCUCUUCAAGGCAGACAUGCCUUUGGUUCUGGAUGGGCUGUCAAUAAAGUGGGACUUCAGCCUGGCAUACAUUUUUCCCCGAUGAGCCUAAUUCCAAGAAUUCUGCAAUAAGUGAAAACAGAACAGACAAUGGUACUGGCCAUAAUCCCGUACUGGCCAAAUCGGAGCUGGUUCCCGGUUUUAAUGACGAUGGUUUUGAAGUAGUGGGAACUUCCGGUUUCAACAGAGCUCCUGGAGAACAAAAGGGAUUCCAGUAGAGAUAUUGAAGAUGUUCAAAUUGACUGCUUGGCUGCUGCACGGCUAAUCCUGCAUAACAUGGGGGCAUUAAGAAAGAGAGAUUCCACCAGAAAAUCUAUCUCUAUCUACUUGAAGAUUUGGACGAAAUGUCUUUAUUGGUGCAUCUCAUAUCAAGAACUUUUCCUUCUACUGAUACAAUCCUGCAUUUUCUACAAGACUGCCUUAGUUUAUCUACCCUUAAGUUCAAGUUUCUGCUUUGAGACACUUUUUGGUAAAGAAUUUGGCUUCUAAUCUGCUUGUUAGAUUUUUUUUUUUUAAAGUCCGUCAGGCUCAUUAGGCCUCCAAGAAAAGAGUUUUUCCCUCUUGUUUUUGAGGCUUCUAUGUACCCAGCCUUUUCGAACCUUUGAAAAAAAACUUUCUUAAAGCUCUUGUCUGUCAAAACAGCUUUGCUCUGGUAAGAUGGCUCAUGGACACUAUUAAAUUGGCUUAUUCUUCCUCAAAUCUGCCUUUGCCUACCUCCUUGAAAGCUCAUUCUACAAGAGCCACGACUACUUCCUGGGCCGAAAAAGCUCAAGCUUCACCUGAAGAUAUCUGCAGAGCUGCUACAUGGUCUUCGUUCAACAGUAUUUAUUUAUUUUUUGGAGUAUUCAGUCUGAUGUUUUAUUGGGACGUACUGAGGGUCCAUGGCAGGUCGGUGUCUUAUACCUUUUGGGUCAAGAUGGCUCGUGUUAGGAACUUUUAUGUUAAUUUUAAUUUCAGAUGCUUGUACCAUGGGAAGAGUACAUCUCUAGUGUACUGCCACCAUAUUAAGGAAUUUAUGGUGAGUAAAAUUUAAGUUUUAUCUUUAGGAAGAGUGAUUUUUACUUGCGCUACAAGAGGUUCAAGAACUAAAAGUAAUCCAAAAAGAAAUUCGGGCACACCAAGGCUCAUAAGUAGGCACAUGUAUUUGGACUAAGCUACUUUGUCUUUAUUUGGACUAAGCUACUUUGUCUUAUGUUUUAAAAAGAAAUAGAUUAGAAAUUAAGAAAAGAACUGAUUUUAAGAGACCAAGAAAUAAGAGAAAACUAAGUUUGAGCUACUUUUAGCCCAAAAGUGGUACACCAGGGCUCGACAAAUCCCAGGCCGCCAUAGCAACUCUAAAUUUUGCUCUGGAGUCUGGGAUGUCAUUACUUUAGUGAAGGCGUUCCCCUGAGGGAGCAUUGAAGCUGGCCGCAGCGGGAAAAUUAGAGCCGGCCGCCUUGGUGAUCAUGGAGGCGGCAGGCUGAGGCAGCAAGGAGACGGGGAGUAGUUAUCUACUUGCAGCUUCUCUCUGCUCCCUCGCGCACUGUUAAAUGAUGUGUGCCUCUCUCUGUUGGGGAGGCUAUGGGGGUGUGUACCUCUCUGUCGGGUAGCUUUUACAACAGAAACCAUGCGUUAUUGUAAAAUAUUAUACAUAUUUCACAUAAUGACAGUAAAUGAACCAUGGGUGGAAAACCCAAUAAAUAGAGAGAAAUAAGAGGGGGAAAAUUGGAGGUAAAGGAAAGAAUUGGCAGAAGGUACUCUAUUUUAAUAUUGUUGGAUAAACUUUUCAAAUGUUUUUUAAAUAUUAAAAUAUCAAAUACAUUGCAUAUAAAGAAUUUUACAAAAAUCUAAAUAUUCCAAAAUUGAACAUGAAUGAUUAUGGGGGAAGAUAUUUUAAAGUUUAUUCAAAAGUAUUAAAUCAUUUAAAAAAAAAAAAAAAGAAAGAAAUCCAACAAUAUUAAAUUGAGGGCUUUUUUAGGAAAACUACUAUGGGAAGAAUUCUGGCCAUGCAUCCAUAUUAAGGAUUUUUAAAACCCCAACAGUGUGCUAUUUUCAAUCCCAUUUUGUAUAAAAUUUUUAAGUAAUGCUUAUGUUAUGUUUUUUACUACAGACACACAUUUGAUUCCAUGCGUGUACCUAUCUUGCCAUCCUUGUCAAAGACAAAAUAUGUGGGAGAGGACGAUGCGCUCAACUCUCUUAAUAAGGUUAGAAAUGUGAACUUCCUGGAAAAUUGUUGUUUGUAAAAUCUUGUCAUAAAAUGUGUUCCAAAGCUGCAUUUAAAAUAGUGGCUAGAUUUCUAUCAUGCAUUGUAAAGGACAGGAUUGAAUUUCAUGCAGCUUUCCAGCAAAUGAUUUUCCUUAAGGACCCUCUGGGUACUAUAACAACUACAGCACUCUGUGAAUGUUAAGAUGCCAGGGGUUCCCCUGGCAUCAUCAGAUUGUAAUCUCUCAAAACAUUAAUGAAUGAUUUGACACGUCUUGCUAUAUCGUGAGACUGCAGUCUUUCUGGUCUGUUUUGGUCUUAUAAAGUAGAAGUUCCUGCUGCUGCAUUACCAUGCCAAGUCAUACUAGUUUUAAAGGAAUACUGUUCAAUUAAACAUUUUAUAUAGUUUCCCUUGGUAAAUUUAGAUACAAACCCCUCCCUUUAGACUUUCUUGAUUAAAGGUGAUAUUUUUUCACCUCAUUUAAAGCUCAUGUCAAGUUGGUCAUUGGUAAUUAUAGUAUUCAGUUAUUGAACUAUACUGCCAUAAACACAAGAAUCUAAUUACCAUAAUGGCAAUAUACUUGGGACUUUAAUUCUAUUAUAUAAUAUUUUACUAUUAUGUAUGUUACACUAUAUUUUUUGUUCAGGAAAUUUGUGCAAACAUUGAACGGUUUAUAGGUUUAAAUCCAUUAAUGACCAGAGCUCUUUUGAGAUGCAAUGUGUGUGACACCAAGUCCUUUUUGGCACUUUGCCAUGCAUUCAUUCUACCACAAUGUCACACUUUGUCUGUCACCCAUACAUAUUAUUAUACAUCUUUUUCUAAAGGAGAGGUAGGAUUUGUGUAGCGCUGAGCCAAGAAGCACCCCCAGUGGCCAUCUGAGGUGUCCAUAGGGGCAAUAUAAACACUGCCUUUUCUCUGUUUUUGCAUGAAAAUGCCUGCAUACAAUGAUUAUACUCACCAGAAUAACUACAUUAAGCUGUAGUUGUUCUGGUGACUAUAGUGUCCCUUUAAGCUGUUGAGAUCAGUUGCAGUGAUUUAAAAUAGCUAUGUGCAGCUUUUAUUUUGAGCUCUGCACAGCUCUGGAGGUCUCUGUAGCCAAUAAGGUUUUAAUACUGCUGGUACUAUUAAUGGUGAUGGUCUAUGCCAUGUAUAGGCAACCUUUGGCAUUCUACAUGUUGGUGAUUACAUCUCAUCUGAUGCUUUGCUUGCAUUAUUGCUUUAAGAACAUUAUGGGAGAUGUACAACAUCUGGAGUACCGAAGGUUGUCUACUAUUGGUCUAUGCCAUCAACUGGGGUUAAAACGGUCAUGCGGACCUUUUCAUAAAUGGGCCGCUUCGAAUAUCGGUUUACCACUUUAGCCAAUCAGCAGCUGCCCUGCCUAGCGGCACUACACACGUCCUGUCACUCAGUUUCAGAAUCCGGAUGCCUGCAAGACCUGGAGAUUGGCGCAGGAGGCAAACCAUUGGUGUUAAACUUUUCGAGAGUGGUUUAUCCCUUUAAGUUAUGAGAACUCCCCUGGUUUUACUGGCACCAUAACAACUUUAUUUAGAUGAAGCUGUUAUGGUGACGGGCGUGUUCCUUCAAGUGGUUAAAAUCUUUUAUUUACAUUUUAACAGACUGAAUUGAUGUUGCCUCCUAAACAACAAGUUACUUUCUGCAGGCACUAGAGAUGAUGUGGCUAAACCACUAAUAACUGAACAUUUUCAAUACACAGGAAUUACUAGUUAUGUGAACACACUGGGGUUUUUUGGGUGGGGAGAGGGGGGGGGGUUCUCUCUCAACUUUCAAAACUUGCUAGGCUAAAAUAGACCAACUGUGACUAUAGCAGAGUUGGGGAUUUUGUUUUUAAAUUUGCCAUUUUAGCUUAGAUGAGUUCUUACCAAUGAAAUAAUAUAUUUUCAUUAAAAUUGCUCUUUUUAUUUUCAUCUAGCUGACAAACAAUAACAGCCCUCCAUAUGUGCAGCCACCGAAAGAAUACAGCUUAGAGAUGAAAACCUCUUCAUCUUUAAUAUUGAACAGAAAUGACUCAAACCUGACUGUGAAAAGAAAGGAAGGUAAAUGUUUUUAUUAUUUAUAUGUUUGCUACUAGUAUUAUUUAUAGUGUAUUUAUAGGUGUAUGUGCUUUUGGGUUUCUUUCUUGCUAUUAAUCACUGCAUUUACCCCUAUAUUUAAAGUCUAAAUGCACAAUUUAAAAAAAAGAAAAAGCUCUUUAUGAUUAAGUAGCUCAGGAGUUAAAGUGUAAAACCCAUCCAUACAAGCAAUUUAUAAAAUGUAUCAUACUUACACAAUGAGUUGCCACCUGGGGUAACCAUGCACCCAAAGAGGCUGUUGGUAGUUUUUUAUUUUUUUUGCUAGUUUGUUUUUCUAAUACCUUUUUUAUACCUUUAUCAAAGUAGAAUAAAAAUAAAUACAUUUUUCUGUGCAAGAUCUUUAAAAAAUAAAAUACAUAUAGAGUAUUAAAAUUAUUUUAUGAAAAAUAAAAAAAAGUCCACUUUGAAAUACAAGUGUGUUUAUACUACAGUCCCAAUACAUAAAUGCACCACUAAUGAUUUCCAAUGUUUUCAGUUAUCUGCAUAAUGAAAAAGAUAAUACAGUGUUAGAUUUUAAACUACAUCUAAUGCUAUUUGUGCCACAGAGUUGACAGAUGAUACAAUUAGUCAGUUCAUUUCUCAAGAAGAUAAACAAGCUGAACCAUACACCAUCCCUAAACUUAACAGAAAGCAAUCCGAUCCUUUCAAACCAGGAGGUGUUGAAUCUGAAUGGAAGUGGAAAGUUCCUGAGACACCUAGUGAUAUAUUUCAACAUGAGGUAAUUUAGGAUUAUCCAGUAUUGGGAUUUUUUGUUAAACAUAAUCUGAAAAAGAGCUCCAGUAAUUGUAUGAACAUUGGUUGGGAUAAAUAUUUAUCAUUAUUAAAAUGUUUUUCCAAACACCAUGACCACUUCAGUGUUCUGUAUGUGCAGCAUUUAGCUUUAAAACGCUGUGCAUAUGGAGUUUAACCCCUUAGGUCAGGCUUCCCCAAACUGCAGCUCUCCAGAUGUUGCUAAACUACAACUCCCAUGAUUCUAUGAAUGAAAUGGCAAGGCUGAGAAUCAUGGGAGUUGUAGUUCAGCAACAUCGGGAGGGCCGGAGUUUGGGGAAGCCUGCCUUAGGUGCAGGAGUUAUGACUCCACCUCUGAUGUCUUGGGAGCAUCAUUAAUUAAGAAACAGAAAAAGAGCCCAGGUCUAUUGCCAAAAUCUCUCAUUAGCCAGCCGAGAACAAGAGUUCCAAGCAAGAUAAUAUCAAUUUUGUGCCAAUAUUUUUGUACAAAGUUCCAUUCAUUGGCUCAGAGUGGUCAGCUAAAGCUCUCUAGCCUAUAAAUGGCAACUGGAUCACCUUCUGGAUUUAGCAGGUAACAGGGCAAUCCAUUGUUUGCCCCAAGUGAGCUGUAGUGGUUAUGAAGAAAAAUGACUUAAUGAAGCAGUUUUUGUAUAUAGAUCAUGCCCCUGCAGUCUUGGUACUCAAUGCUCUGCCAUUUCAAGGGUUAAAUCAUUUUGUUAAUACAGCCCUAGUCAUACCUCCUUAUUUGUGACUUGCAGAGGCUUCGUAAGAACUUCUCUUAACCGCUUAAGGACAUGUAAUGGUUCCCUUUAUUCCAGAAGUUUGGUCCUUAAAGGACCACUAUAGUGCCAGGAAAACAUACUCGUUUUCCUGGCACUAUAGUGCCCUGAGGAUGCCCCCACCCUCAGGGUCCCCCUCCCACCCGGCUCUGGAAAGGGGAAAGGGGUUUAAACUUACCUUUCUCCAGCGCUGGGCGGAGAGCUCUCCUCCUCUGUUCCGCCCCGUCGGAAUUUAACAGGUAGACUACAGCGUCAUUAUCUAUACACCCAAACUGCUUUAUGAAGCCAGUGUUGUUUUGAUGCAUGUAGCAUCCCUUUAAGCCUGCAUAUCUCUCAAACAUUUGUUGGUGCUUUUUUUGUAGGGUAAACGAAUGAGCAUUGAGCCAGGCUUAGCCAGAAGAGUAUCUCCACUUGGUUUAGCAUUAAAGAAGCAUGAUCCAGUCUUUGUUUGUGCAACUCCAGUCAGCAAACCACAAGACGAUUACAUGAACUGGUAAAUUUUCAGUAGUUUACUUCUUGUAGAAGUUUAACACACUUUCGGAUAGUGUUUUUCAAAUGUCAUUGUUUUAUUCAUCACCCACAUAUUGCCAGUAUCUCUACAUGAUCGAUCAUGAAGCAGUAUGUAAGUGGACAGGUUUAAAAUGAACGAGCAAUUACAGGUAUAUUGUAAAGGAAAAGCUAUCAAAGGCUGUUAUAGAGGGAGAGUAGAUGGAGCUUUUGGAAAAGAGGGGUAUGAUGCAGUGUUAAUUUUGGUGGCAAAUUUCAGUUUUAGUCAUAGUUUUUGCACUAAAAAGCCAUUUUAGUUGUAUUUUGGCCAUCUGAAUUGUUUUAGUAGAAUAAAUCUCCAGUAGAUUUUAGUAGACUCAACUAAAAUCUAAAGGUUUUAGUUAAAGCUUCUAUUGGACUUUUUUUUUUCUUUUUUUUCAGACCCUCUUUCUCUCUCUCCCAAGCCCUGGUCUGUCUCCAUUUGGCCCUUCCAGAGCCCCUCUGUGCAGUGUUAAACCUGUAUUCUUGACCCUAUAGAGUUAAAACCACCAUCUAGCCCACCUGCUCUCACCCCCCUCCUUAAAUAUGAUAAAAUCUUACUUGUAUUGUAAGUCUGCAGCUGCUGACUCCGCCCCUAAUCUACCUGCUUGGUUGACAAAAUCAGAAGUGAUUCUCUGAUCCAAUCACAAUGCUUUCCUAUAGGAUUGGCUUAGACUGUCAAGGAGGCAGAUCAGAGGCAGCACAAGUCACACAGCUCUUGCUAAUGAGCAUUUCCUCAUAGAGAUGCAUUGAAUCAAUGCAUCUGUAUGAGGAAAGGUCAGUGUCUGUGUGAAGAGGGUGGAGACACUGAAUGGCAGUGCUGUACACUGUGCAGCACUGCCCCAGGAAGCACCUCUAUUAGCGUUCUGACUAGUGGCCAGUGAAGUUAUCACUAGGCUGUAAUGUAAACACUGCAUUUUCUCUGAAAAGACAGUGUUUACUGCAAAAAGCCUGAAGGGAAUGAUUCUAGUAACCAGAACAAAUACAAUAAGCCGUAGUUGUUCUGGUGACUGAGUGUCUCUCUUCAAUUUUGGCAGCAAAUUUCAAUUAAAUUUUAGUCAGUCUUUUGACUAAAAUACAAGUUUAGUUUGUCCUAGUUUAGUCAUCUGAAUUUUUUUAGUUUUAGUCGACUUAAUAUCAAAUUUUAGUUUACUAAAAUUUGACUAAAAUUGAUUAACACUGGUAUGAUGAUAGGAAGACUGAAGGAGAAACAUGUAUCUAAGAUUGGAAUAGGUGUUGGUGGAGAAUAAAAGAUUUGAAUGGUUGUGAGGAAAUUAUUUUUAGGCGCAUUUCUUUAUUUUGAGCUAGAUGGGCAUUGACAUGGGGGUGGGGUGAAUGACUAGAAAAAAUGGAUGAGGUGCAAGAUUGGAGAAUCUGAUUUAGUUGGAGGAGGGAACUGAAUAUUUCUGGCUUAGGGGGAAGAGAUCAUUAAAUUGCAUUUUAAUCCGUUUGAGGAAAUGUAGUAAACCUCAGGGGGAAAAAGGAGAGACAAAUAAUAGUGCAAUAAAAUAUGGUACAAUCAAAAUAAGAUAAGUAAUCGCUAUAAGAAAACCACUCACAUAUGCUAGAGCUAAUUAGAGCUCUGCUGUAUAGCGCAUGGACGGUACAAUCCCCGUCUAAGGAUGUAUGGUGGUUGAAGUGUUGAUGGUCCUCCAAAUGCCAAUGAUAUAUAUGUGUAGGAGGUAGAAGAACAAAAUAAAACUCCAAUGGUUUAGUAAGUACUGGUAUAUAAAAUAAAUAAAAAGAAGAAGAAAUGUACUUACAUUCUUUAGAGCAAGAUUUGCUCUAGUUAAAACAGCUCUAUUUUUGUCUAUACACCACACAAGGUUUUUGGGAAUCCUUGCAUUGUAUACCGCAGCCUGUACUAUAAUAUAGCGAGCGCCUAUACCUCUUGUUUUUUAUACAUACCUCAGAUUAAAAAGGCACAGAAGGAAACUGAAGCCAGUAAGGUAUUUCUUAGUGCUACUCUAGCAGUCAGUAGAUCAUAUUUAACAAGUACUAAAUGCUCUGCUUUCUCAUGUGACACACAAAGGAGUUUAUAUUUAGGUAUGGGUGGGUUAAACUAUAUUGGGAGAUUUAUUCUGACACACAUUGGGAAAUUAUUUUUGGUUCUGGGGGGACCACUAUGCUAGUCGACGUAAUUUUGUUCUUACUCAACUGUUUGGUGAAACACAGAAAAGGAAAGGAAACUUAAAGCACUAACCCUUGUUAUGGUUUUAUACAGCUUUAGAACACCUGUUGUGAAAAAUUCCCUUCCACCAAUGCCUCCAUUGUCCACUCCAUGUAACAACCCUUCAAGCUACCAACAGCCUCAAACCCCAGCAAAUGCCUUCCUGCCACCUGCUUGUUAUCCGGUAAUAUAUCAGUGUUUUGGGUUGUGUGUGUUUUUUGUUUUUUUUUUAAAUAAUAUAUCUCCCUGUCUUCUAAUAUAAAAAUGUCUCACCAAUAUAUUGCUUCUCUAUGUUAGGUCUCCACACCUCUUGCUUCAAAUGACUAUAUUGUAGUUAAAGGGCGACCUUAUACAGUUCUCAAACAGAUUGGAACAGGUGGCUCUAGUAAGGUAAAGAGUGUUUUUUGUUUUUGUUUUUUGGGUGUUCUGCUUUUCAAUGUGUAAAUAUUCUGUUUAAGCUAGCCUAUGUAAUAUACCACAAUUGAAUAAUUUAAUAUUUCCAAAUGUUUUGCAUAUAUUUAGAGAAGUGUUUUCAUGAUAACAAAAUUGCAUAUUCCAUGUACUGUCUGUCACUGGCCAACUUGUGACAGUGUCAUUUUUUUAUUUUUUUUUUGUGAAUGCUACACCUUUAUAAUUCAAGCUCUUACAAAAACAUUACAUUGCAGAGUUAGACAUGCUUUUGGUGACUGGACAUUUUCAUAAAUGAUUGUGGUUUUAUCUUAUUAGUGCUACUUUUGUAAAGAGUAAAUAUAACUUCUUGCAGGUGUUUCAAGUAAUGGAUGAAAAGAAGCACUUAUAUGCAAUUAAGUAUGUGAACCUCCAUGAAGCAGACCAACAGACAAUUGAAAGCUACCAAAAUGAAAUAUCUCAUUUAAACAGACUUCAACAACACUGUGAUAAGAUUAUCCGCCUUUAUGACUAGUACGUAACAAACAUUCCUUGUAUUCUAAGACUACUAAAUGAUGGUGAGGUUUUUGGAUUUGUUUUCCUGUUGGUUUCGUUUAGGAAGGAAGAAAUUCGACAAUUGUAAAACUCUGCAAGCCUAAAUGUGCGUCUAAAUUGCAGGAUUGGUGUAUACAAUUCAUAUUUGAUCAGAAUUGUUCAUUUGAGUCUUACUUUUAGGCCAUUUUAUAUGCAAUCUAUCAUUUUGGGGAUGCUUCAAUUUAAGGCUAAUUCAGAUUAUAGUUAAUAUCGUAAACUUCAUCUGAAAUUAAACUUCCAGAACUUGAGAAGUUCUUAUUUUUUCUGAUCUGUUUUUUUCCUACGAAGUUAUUAAAUUAACGAAUACUGAAUGCUCAUUGUCUUGCAGUUAGACUUGUUCCUUUGUGAAUUAUUUACUAAUUAUUUAAGUUAAUUUCUAUUUGAUCACAAUUUCUGUUCCUUGCAGUGAAAUCACACAGCAACAUAUCUACAUGGUAAUGGAGUGUGGAAAUAUAGAUCUGAACUCAUGGCUGAGAAAGAAAAAAACUAUUGAUCCAUGGGAAAGGAAAAGCUACUGGAAAAAUAUGCUAGAAGCUGUCCAUACAAUACAUCAGCAUGGUAUGUGUAUCUACGUGGUGUCUACAGAUUCCGUGUUUUUUCAAGAUUAAUUUAGAAAUCUAGAUUACCCACCUAACUAAAUACACUUGCUUUGGCUGAAAUAGUAACUGAUUUGUUGUGCAAUUAUUCUCCUUACCUGGGUCACAUGCACAGGACACCAGUGAUACAAAAAAACUAAAUGUAUAUGCAGAGUAUUCUCUCUCUCCUUUCUUUUCUUUUCUUUCUUUCUUUUUCUUUCUUUUCUUUUCCCCUCUCUGUAGGUUAGGUUAGUUGUGCUAUUUUUAUAUAAUCCUUAUUUAACAAAAUCAAUAAUUUUAGAAAGUGAUCCACCAUUAUUGCUCAUCCAGCCUAACUUAUCUUUUUUUUUUUUUUCCAUCAAAAUAUUGAUGUAACAUGCUGUCACUACUAUUAAAAUGGAAAGAUAACAGUUGAACUACAAUUUCCUAGGACUUUUCCUGUGUCUAUAAAGUUAGCAAUACUACAUAAAGUCACUUCCGGGAUUGUUAAAAUACUGUAGACCCUGUGAAGAAAGGAGAUUUGCAAGAAAUGUAAAUAUAUAUGAGAUUGAUUUGUUGGUGUAAUACAUUAUGUCUGUAUUAUGUCAUUUUUUAUAUAAGGAAAAAAUGGUUCACCUCUAGUCUGGAAUGUCUCAUUUUAAACUGGCACUUUCUGUGGACUUUACUGAAUUAGCAAAGUCUGCCGAUAGUGACAUUUCUGCUGAGUAUCCGGGGGUGGGUGGGGUGCAGGUUAAAGUGAGAUUAAUUGAUCUUAACCUGAUCAUUGUUGGCACAGCUAUCUUCCUCCAGAGUAUUCUCUUGGCAUCAGGAGCCAACAUCACUGCAGUAGUCUUGUGCAUGCGCAAUAGUACAGCAUUGAUGUUUACUUUUUCGGUAAGGGGGAUGACUACCGCUUCAAAUCAAGCACUCACUCACAGAAUGGUUUAAUGUAUUUCAUAUAAAAUUUGGACAUUAAUGGAUUCCUGCUGGUGGAAAAGAGUUGCAAAACGAUACUAUUUAUUAAAACAAUCCUACUGAUAUUAGAAUUAGUUUUGGUUUUUUUUAAGUGAACAAUGCCAGUCUGAUAAAGUAACAUGAUAUCUUUAUUUCCUAGGUAUUGUUCACAGUGACUUGAAGCCUGCAAACUUUAUUAUUGUUGAUGGAAUGCUAAAGCUAAUAGAUUUUGGCAUUGCAAACCAAAUCCAGCCAGAUGUAACCAGCAUUGUUAAAGAUUCACAGGUAAUGUUUUGUUUUGUUUUUUUCUUCCUUUUAUAACUAUUUAUCAUUGUUGUGGUCUUGUAUUUAGACAAUAGUAGGAUGUCCUCGCUUGCAAAUUCAUUGUUUUAAUUUUAAAAUAAUCUUUUAUGUCUCCAUGGACAGCUGCUUGCCCCUUACUUACGGGUUUUAUACUGUGUUUGGGAGCGCAGUAGCUGACCCUUUCUUGUUUGUAGGCCAAGGUUUUAUGAAAGCUGUAUCAAUCUUCAUUUAAAGCAGUGGUUCUGAAACCGGUCCUCAUGGCCCAUGAACAAUCCAGGAUUUAUCUUUUCUUUUUUUUAUUCCAAUGGAGAUGCUGGCAAAUCCUAAAAUGUUGCUUGGUCGUGAGGGCUUGUUUGUGGUCAACUAAUUUAAAGGAACACUUGAUACACCGUACCCUGUAGUGGUAUUGCAUCACUCCAUUAUCUGCAGUCAAGCUGUUUUAGAAUGGUGUGACUUCUUGCAUGGAUCUGCCGGGCGCUGUUCCAACUCUUCCACUACUACUGCUCCGAGCGUUUACGGCUCUUCAUAGCUUGUAGUGGAGGUGGGGAGUAGCACCCAGCGGACAUUUGGUCCAAUUGUUCUAAAACCGUUUUCUUACAAUGGAGUGGCAUAUGGGCACUCCUAGCACCAUAACCACUAGAGUGUGCUGUAGUCCUAGUACUUAGAGUAUUGCUUUAUAUUUAGACUACAACAGCUACUGUUUGCUGUAGUUGUUAUGGUGUUUGGAGUAUUCCUUUAAAUAUACUAGUUUUAGUCCAAUUGCUUUAGCUGGACAGCCUAUCUACAACUUAGUACAAAUGCAUGCUCCGCCAGUAAUGCCUACUACCUCUACAUCCCAUAUUAAGAUGCAUGAAUAAUGCAUGUUACCCUGUAAGACCUAAAUUGUCCUGGUCCUUUGUACAGUGCACACAGUUUGCCUCCUAUAUCUUACACCCACCUGCCCUUUCAUCUGAUUUUUCACCUCUUUGGCCUUCAUGCCUGUCCACUUGUUAUCAUUUAACUCACUUUAGUCUAUGUCAAUGAAACUUAAUAGAUGGUUAUAUCUUGUUUUAUUUCUUCCUUUAGGUAGGCACAAUAAAUUAUAUGCCACCAGAGGCAAUUAAGGAUACCACAUCAUAUGGAGAAAAUGGAAGGCCCAGAUCUAAGGUAUUUUCUUCAUGGUAUUUCCUUUUUAUUUCCUUAAAGCGGCACUGUCAUAGCCGCAUACAGUUGUUUUUUAACCCCGACUCCACUACAUCUAAAUCCACCCAACCCCCUAUUACCUUUUUAAAAAACUUUAUUUUGUGCCUGGACCUAGGUCCUAGGCGCCGCCAUCUUUGUGUGGGCAGAUCAAGGCCCUGUGGGACACGUCAUCUGCCUACGCUAGAUAGCGUUGUAAAAUUCCCGCGCAUGCUUAGUUAAACACUGGGGCUAUUGUUGAAAAUUCGGACGGGAAUUUCGUCAAUUCAUUCAUCAGAAAGACAAAUGAAUAGAAGUGUCAGACGAACAAACGCCCGAAUAUCUGUGUUUUUCAUUUAGUUUAUUACAAGGAGGGAGCUACCGGCAUGCAGCUCCCUCCUUGUAAUAUGUAAAGAUAGAAGCGGCUGGCAGCUGUGCUCCCUGCCACUUCCUAAGCACCCAAGUCCUCCCUCACUCUGUGGGGGUUAAUAUGACCAGGGAGAUUGAAAUCUCCCGAAUGCCCCUAUUAGCAGCAUACCUGAUUGGUUACCUGUAAGGCUCACUAUUUACCUAUCAGAGCACUCUUAUUAUUUGGCUUAAACCAACCAAUCAGAGCACUUUGAGUCAAAUUGCAGGAUGUGGGAAGGAUUUUUAAGCUUUUUCUUUCCCUCACUGGGUGAAGACGUAUUUAUUUUUUAUUUAUUUUUUUUCUUCGCCGGGAUUUUGGAAAAAGACAUCAAAUGGUUAGUAUUUAAAAAAAAAAAAAAAAAAUUUUUUUUUAAAUUAAUUGCUAACACAAAGUAAUCUUGGUCUUUCAGCCUCUUGGUAGAUAGCUCCCUAAUACCAUGUUAAUUAGGGAGCCAUCUACUAAGCGGCUGCAAGAUGUAGCCUCUGCACGGAUCUGUGAUUUUCAUUCAUUCAAAUGAAAUUCCGAACUGACCUAAAAGUACCGAAUAUCGUCCUAACAUGAAUGAACAAACUGGUCUCAUUCUGUGAAAUUCGGUAGUUUUGCCAGCGUUCUGUCUAAAUGACAGGGCGUUCGGAAAUAAUGAAAGUAGGUAUUACGAGAUCACGAAGGAAAGGUGAGAAUUGCGGGAAAAUUGCUCUGACCACAGAAAAUGGAGCACACUUUGCUCCUCCGUUGGUCAAGUGUAGGAAAAAUACAUAAGACAAAAUAGUCCCUACUUUGUCUUAUGUUUUAAAGAAAACUAGAUCAGAUAGGAAGAAAUGAAGAACAGAUCAUGAGAGGAAGAGAAGAAGCGAUUAGGGAAAGGUAAAUUCGGCAUGACAGUGCCGCUUUAAUGGGGAAAUUAACUCCAUACUAUUCUGUAAUGUGUUAUAUAGAUAAUGUAUAAUUAAACCUGGAUGGCUGUGAACAGUGGGCUAACAAGCCUACAUCAAUUUCAGACAAUUAUUACGAUCCUUGUUGGAUGAAGCUCAAGAGUGUUAAGCCAGUAUGGUCCUUGUUGGAUGAAAUCCAUAUUGGUUAAGCCAGUUACCUCCCUGCAUCUAGAGGAGAGACAUAAACUUGUGGUUGGAUUUUCUUAGCAAUGUAAGAUUGGAAAACGUAAUUGUAGCUACAAAAGUAUGGAAACGUUAAAAAUGGGUUGCCUUUAUCAUUAUUCCAUCUUCCAUGCUAGGUCUGGUUAAAAUGAGUUUUAUACUAUAUGAAAGGCUUCUUUCAUAUGGUAAAAAAUACUAUUCUAUUUUGGAUUACUUUGCUGAUUAUUUUCAAAGUCACUUUGAAAAAAUAUUGACAAACACCUAUAAUCUGUAACUUAUUUUUUUGUUUUUCUUUAAAUGUAUAUUAAAUAUUUAGUAAAUAAUUAUCACAAGUCAGUCCAGACACAGCAAUGGGAGUGCCUUAUUGGAAAUUAAUAGGAGAAUUGGGGGGUAAAACUAUUCUCCUCUUCUCUGUAUGUCUUCAUCUUUAUAUUGACUGCCAGGUGAAAAGGACAGAGUUUAUAACAAUGACUGACCGAGAGCCAAGAUAAAGGUACCUAGUUGCAGGAUAGAGAAAUGCUUUUUCUACAUCUUAAUUUGCAUUUUCACAGUGCAUAAGCACACACUUGUUAACUAUAGAUAAGUAAACAAAAAAUUCCAGGCAAUGAUUUAAUAAAAUCAAAUGUCAGUUUUGCUUUGUUUGCAAUUUUAUUUUACUUUGUUGGAAGUUUGACGUGUUUCAAGUAAAUCUACACAUCUUCGUAUUUUAUUGCAGCUCUAUAGGUGUACAAUUUUUUUAUUUAUUUUUUUGACCGCCCUUUUCAUCUUCUCUCUUCUAUGAAUAUGUAUGCAUUGCAGAUUUGGUAAUGUUUUGGGUGUCCUUUGUCCCUUAGUGUCUGCCCUUUUUGGCAUGCAGUCAUCAGUCUGCAGAAUGUCCACAACGCAAUCUCACUUUUGACUUAUUCAAGCAAUUUGACUCUUUAAUUCUAUUCUUGCCAACCCUGCCUUUAUGUAUUUUGCUGUAGUUCUUUUCAUUUGCCAUACGGUGGAGUACUCAUAUGUAUAAUAAAUAGGAAAGCUUAUUACUGGGGUUGUAAUACCAUUGGAUAGCAGAGUGAGGGACAAGGGCCAUGAUCUGGACAUGAAAUGUAGACUGUGAUCACACAAUUCAUAAUGCAAUACUUCAUAAACGUGUAUUAACCAUUGGAUUCUUGGAAGAAAUAACAAUGCAUUUGUUUGCUGUCAAUGGUGACUUUACUAAUGUACCCACAAAUGAUAUAGGAGUAUUUCACUGUAUGUAUUGUACAUAUAAGUCUUUCGCAAAAAAGAAAGUUCUCCAAAUCAGCUAUGCUUUGCAUUUGACUACUUUGGACUUAAAUUUGAAAUUCUCUUUGAAAUCUCACUGUACUGAAUGACCCUAGAGCUAUAUUGUAGGAUUUCACAUUCCUUUCUCAGACUAUACUUUUUAUUAUUUAACGACUAGAGAAGGUUCUUUACAUGAUUCAUUGCUCAUCUUGUUUCGUUUCUUUUCUUUAUGACCAUCUCUUUUUACGAUCUAUGGCUUGUUUAUAUCAAGCACACUUUGCUUUAUGCACUUUUUAUAUACCAAUACUGUUAGUUUUGUUUCCAUAGCAGUGACCUGGGUGAAACAGUGCCUGUGUAACAUACUUGUACAGUGUGUGUGUGUGUGUGUGUGUGUGUGUGUGUAUAUAUAUAUAUAUAUAUAUAUAUAUAUAUAUAUAUAUAUAUAUAUAUAAUUUUUUUUUAAUUUUUUUUUUUUUUUUAAUCUUUUGUAGGAAAAUAUAAAUGGCAUUGAAAUCCUUAUCUCAAUGACUGUUAUAGUCGUUGCAUGACAUCAUUUUGUUGUCAAAUAGAUUACAUUGGUUUUUUUAUAUUGUUUUUCUAAUGGUCGAAAUAUACACAAAUAUCUUUGUUUUAAAGAAAAAUGUUAAAUAACCAUAUAAACGUUUAUAGCUUUCUUUCCGCAUGUUUAAUUUGACUGACUGACUAAUAAGUCUUAGCAGCAUUUUCAUUAAUAACUUAAAGGGACACUGUAGUCACCCAGAGGUCCGGGUACAGUGUUCCUGUCUACCCCUUAGUCCUGCAAUGUUAAACAUAGCAUUUUAGAGAAAUUGGAAUGCUUACUUUGCAGUACUAAGACUGCCUCUAGUGGCUCUCUACCAGACAACAAGUAGUCCUUCCUGGAGUUUCACAGGUUGACGCCUUGAAAGGACACUGAAUGUUCUCUCACUCUCUAUGAAGACAUCCAGUGUCAAGGAAAACACCAUAGCAAACAAAAUAUGUUACUGUGUUAUUUUUUCCUAUUUUGGCACUAUAUAUAUUUUUUUAAUGUUAAUACAUUUAUUAAUUCACACUUAGUGCUAAAGUAUUCAGAUUUUUUCUUUUACCAACUUUUUAUAUUGCUAAAUUACCAGUGGCAAGUACUAUCACUUUCUCAUCCAAGAUGGCAGCCAGAAAUAGAAAAGAUUAGAAAUAAUAGAGGCAACACCAGAAUUAAAAGACAACUGUUACCUCAAAACUUUGAUGUCCUUUUAUCAUGUUUAUAAAGGAAAUACCGUAUAUACUCGUGUAUAAGUCGAUCUCAUGUAUAAGUCGAGUGCAGUUUUGUGACCAACAAUUGUGAAAUAUGCUAUGCCUCGUGGAUAAGUCGAGGGUAAAACUUGGGGCUAUGAAAUUCUGUGAUUUUUAUAAUUAUAUACACACACACUCAUACAAACACACACUCUGCAUUAUAUGCGGACACUCAUACAAACACACACCCUGCAUUAUAUAUACACACACACACUCAUACAAACACACACUCUGCAUUAUAUACACACACACACUCAUACAAACACACACUGCAUUAUAUACACAUACUGUGUAUAUAAUGAAGAGUUUGUGUAGUGUGUGUGAACUGGGUGGGGGGAGGGCAUUUUUAUUUUAAUUUUAAUAUUUUAAUUUUAUUAUUUUAAUUUUUUUUUUGUCCCCCCUCCCUGCUUGUUAACCGGUCAGGGAGGGGGGCUAUCUUAAUCCCUGGUGGUCCAGUAGCAUGGGCUGUGAAGUGGGGGGCCGGCAGGAAGCAUUUACUUACCUUUCCUGCAGCUCCUGUCAGCUCCCUUCUCCUCCGUUCCAGUCAGCUCCACUGUAAGUCUUGCGGUCUGGUUGCCGCGCGGAUUGUUGCCACGGCUCUGACGGCCGCGGCUCUCUAAGUUGCCAUAAUACAGACAGUGACUCGAGUAUAAGUCGAGUGGGGGUUUUUAAGCACAAAAAAUAUGCUGAAAAACUAGACUUAUACUCGAGUAUAUACUGUAAUUAUUUAUUUUUCAUAUACUUCACUUUAAAAACAAACAAAAACAGUUUCUAUAGUCUUUUCUGCUUCUGUGCAAGGAGUGAAAUGGAGAAGAUCAUAAAGGCUGACCAUUUUCAAACACUAUCCAGCCUAAGGUCUAUGUAUAUGGCUGAAGCAUCCUUUCAUAUACUAAAACGAACACUAUAGGGUCAGGAACACAAACAUGCAUUCCUGACCCUAUAGUGUUAAAACCACCAUUUAGGUGGCUUACGAUCUCCCCUCCCCCUUAGUCCCCUUAAAAGUAAUUAAAACGUACCUUUUUUACAGUGCUGUGCGGGUCUGCCAGCACUGGCCCGCCCAGAUACACCUCCUUUGUGACAUCAUAAUUGCCAAUGUUUAGCCAAUUCAAUCCGUUCCCAUCCGGAAAGCAUUGGAUUGGCUAAAAUCGUCAAAAUUUUGGCUAAUAAGCACCUCCUCAUAGAGAUGCAUUCAUCAAUGCAUUUCUAUGAGGACAAUUCAGCGUGGAGACACUAAACGGCAGUGCUGCCUGCUGUGCAGCACUGCCCCAGGAAGCACCUCCAGUGGCCAUAUAUGCUCUGAAAAGGCAGUGUUGGCAUGAAAAUGCCUGCAAGUAAUGAUUAUAGUCACCAGAACAAAUACAAUAAGCUUUAGUUGUUCUGGUAACAAUAGUGUCGCUUAAAAGUAGGCAAGAGGUUUUUUGUUUGUUUUUUUGGUUUUUUUUUUUUUUCUUAUCACGAUUGGAAUAGAAAAGGUGGCUGUAAUUGCAAACACCCUGAAAUUACAUGCAUUAGGAAUGGUAGGCGAUACCACCUAUAAUGUCAAACGUGUAGUGAAAUUAAUUGCAGUCUGUAAAUUUGCUGGCAGUUUAUCAUGGUUCCAGUGGUGGGUGCAAUUUACCGGCAAAAGUUCUCAAAGCUCCAUUUAGAGGGCGGAGUUGAUUAAAGAAUGUCUUUGAGGUCCAAAUGUUUUUCCAUGUAUUCUGAAUUGAAAACUGCCUGUCUUGGUUGGGAUUUGAGAAAGUAGUUCUGAUUGCAACACUUACAGCCUUAAUGAACAGUAGCUUCCAAAAAGUGACCACAUAUUUUAUAUUACCAUUUCUAUUUUUCUAUUUUUUUCUUUUCUUUUUUUUGAAGUAAAUCUCAGACUGCUUUGUUAUAAUUUGCUGCAAUGUAACUGACAGUUUAGUCAUGCAUUUGUGUUGUGAAUGGCUAAUAUUGUCAUUUUUAUUUGUUUCGUUAGCACUUAUUAUGUGGUGUUUUUUUUUGUUUUGUUUUUAUUAAAUACAUUAAUAAAGAGGUAAAUAUUACUUUAACUGGUUUUGAAGCAACACUUUCAUAUUAACCAUUUCCUUCUUGAUUUUAGAUAAGCCCCAAAGGUGAUGUCUGGUCUUUGGGGUGUAUAUUGUACUGUAUGACAUAUGGGAAGACUCCAUUUCAGCAUAUUACUAACCAAAUCACUAAACUACAUGCAAUUUUGGACCCAGGUUAUGAGAUAGAAAUACCUGAUAUUCAAGAAAGAGACCUUCAAGAUGUCCUCAGAGUAAGUUUUUGGUUUGUUUGUUUUUCUUUUGUAUAUAACUUUUUUUUUUUUUUUGGUCUGUUUUUGGGUUUGGAUUUUUUUUUCCCCUAAGCACUAGAAAAGAUUUAUUGGUGCACAGAUUGUUUCCAAAUUCCAUGUAAUGUUUAUAAUGUAAAAUAGUCAUAUUCUUCAAAAUGUGAACUACAGGUUGUUGUUUUUUUUUGGGGGUUGGUUAUUAAUUGUAAAGCUUUUGUAAUUUAUAUUCCGAUUUGUUUCUAUUCCUAGAAAUGUUUAUUGAGGAAUCCUAAGGAACGUAUUUCUGUUGCUGAACUCUUAGUCCAUCCGUAUGUUCAGCUGCCAGGUAUGUAAAUACAUCUUGUUUUUUCUGGAAAUGAGCCUGCUGGUUGAAAAGAGGGAAAUCUUACCAGUCUGAGAAAUGAAGUCCACUUAUGUUAAACAGCUAGAAAACCAAUUGUUCCUAAUCACUCAAAAAACAAACAAACCAUAGACACUUUUUUUUUUUCUCUGUAUGCAUGUACAUUCAUCCCCAGGUAAUUUCUUAUCUGUCUUUGUUCUUUGCUGAUUAAAUUAGCCAUGUAGUAACUAGCAUAGGGCAAACUGAAAUAAUGUCUCCCAAUAUAGUAAUUUUGAUGAGACAUGUAUUGUGGUUUAAUAUCUGCAAUAAAUGAACCAACUUUUUCCAAGGCUUUACUUUGAUUUAAAGGAUCCCUGCUUACUAUGUGUUUUACAGAUGAGAAAGUUCAGAAAGGUGCCAAUGAGGAAAUGAAACGGAUACUUGGAGAACUAAUUGGCCUGAACUCCCCAAAUUCCAUAUCUAGAGCAGCAAGGGUGAGUGUCUUCUCUUCAGUGUGCUAAUAUUACUUAUGGUACAUAAUCACAUAUUAUACAUGAAGCACAAAUUACUAAAUCUGAAAUCUGACAUUUUUUUAGACAAAUCGACAUACUUAAUUGUAUUAAAUAACUGGCCCGGAAAUAGGUUUGCAAAAUUAUUUUCCUGAAAUUGCUUCAAAAUUUAAUUUUGGUAAAUAAGAAAAUCAGAUGAAAUAAGACUUUUCAAUGACGUGUGUGUGUGUGUGUAUAUAUAUAUAUAUAUAUAUAUAUAUAUAUAUAUAUAUAUAUAUAUAUAUAUAUAUAUAUAUAUAUAUAUAUAUAUAUAUGUGUGUGUGUGUAUAUAUUAAAAAAAUAAAAAAAUUUUAAUGGGUGCAAAAAGGAAAUUCUACAAAAAAAUAGCACAUAAUAAUAUACAAAAGGUGUCAUGCACUCAAGUAUGUUGGGUAUUUUCAUUAUUGCAUAUUCAAACAAAACCCCAGAUUAACUGAAUAAAUACACUUACACUUUGCGUCUUUUCUUUUAGCAAUUGUAUGAUCAGUGCAACAGCGGAACGGGCCUUGAUAUAUCUGCAUUUGGAAAACAGGCCAACCAAAACACGUGGACCAUGAAGUGAUGUACUGUAGUUUCAGUCCUAAUCCUAGGACCCUGAUAACCUGCCAUGCCAUGUAUUAUCUUAGUUGCAUUAUUGUUUUAUAAUGGUUUAUAGUGUUCAAAUGUGUAUAAGCACAAAGUAAAUUACUUCUAGCAGUUUUGUAAAUACUAUUUUCUGUGUCUGUAAAUAUUUGUCUUCAGAUUUCCAAGAUUUUUCAUUUGUUUAAACGGAAAGGGUUACUUAUCACUCUAAAUGUUCACCUACUGAGCAAUGCUGCCAGAAAUAAUCUGUUGUGGAAGUGACAUAAUAUGCAACUAGAAAAGGGGUUUGUUUAUUACUGUUCCCUCAGUGACACAGAUCUAUGGGUGUUUUUCAACCUUUUUUGUAGUUAAUGCUUGUUAAACCUGCGCAUGAAUCAGGAGGCCAAAGGUUCAUAGGCCGCAAUUAAUUUAAAAUGUACCCAGAAGAAAGGUAUUUUGAUUCUUAGGUUUGUAUCUUUUAUUCCGUUGGCAAAAGGAUAUUUUAUGGAUAUAACCAUAUUAAAGAAUGAAUGGAGUUAAAAUACUGCUCGUCUAAUGUCACAUUCAAGCCUUCUAUGAUAAUUUGUGGCAGAUGGAUGAAAACGCAUUAGACAUGAUACAGAACAUUUAAAGAAUUGUGAAAUUUCCAUUAACAAUUAGACAGCAGUUUCUUAUUCAACUACAUGAGACGUUCAAUGUAGGAGUUCCAUCACACAAUAUAUAGACCUCCCACUGAAUACCAAGAGAGAACUGUCAGACAGGACUGCAGAAGCAUCAAGCGCAAUUUACUCUUAAAGGGAGACAAUAGUGUUGGCUAUAUUAUUAUUAUUUUUUAUUUUUUUAUAAUCAAAAUUGGUUGUAAACUCAUAUUGGAGCUUUUCAUUUUAAUUAUUUUGUGGGUUCUUUUUCACAGUUCAAAUAGAUAGAAAUUAUAAAACGGAUGGAAUCAUUUUCAUGACUUGGCUUAUACCAUUCAGGGACAUAGUUAAGCAUGUUAAUAAACUAUGGCUAAAAAGGAGAUUGCAGCCAUACCAUUUCAUUACAGCAGUGAUCAAUCAUAGCCAAAGUUCCGCAUCACUGCUCAGACUAAUGAGGAAGUAGCAGCAUGGACAAUUGGGGGGGGGGGGUUAUAAUGUAAACCAAUAGUUUAGAAUCAACCAUAUCAAAUAAAGUAGUUGACCAGCUUUACUAAUAAUCUUAUAUUUAACCAUAGCUAUUUAUGCACUUCAAUAACACAGUGGUGUUUAUUCGGUGUUAAAUCAAAUUGUGAAAUUUAGGCAAAAGUGGCAGAUCUGGCUUUUUUUUUUUUUUUUCAAUCCUUUUUGCAAAUCCGCUUUCUGUUCACGAAAAUUCAGUGUUUAGUGAAUAAACCUCACCAAGCUUGACUUCCCAUUUCAUAGUUCUUUGUUUGUGUUGCAUUGCUCACAGUAUAAUAAGUAAAAAACAAAAAUACCAUAACAUGCCCCUGUAAUGUAUGAUAUCAACAUUUAACAAAAUGUGUUGGCUUUAUUCAUUAAAUGAUAAAUUGUGGUGCAUGUUGACCUAUUGGCCUGGUAUUUGGACCAAAGUUACCAAGAUACUUUCCAACUCUAGCUCUUGAGCCAAAAUUCUGCAUUUUGGUUGCCACUCCAGUGCAGUGAAUAAAUCCAAUCUUUCUAGUGUUACAAGCAAAGUUGUAUAUAAAUGUGAAGAAUGUUUGGAGACUUGUUUUAGAUUUAAGUAUACUCUUUGGUUAUAACGGCAGUAAGACUGGCAAAGCAUUAUGGGAGUUCGACUGCUGAAGAUCUAACCUUAGGCCAUGCCCAACUUAAAAGUAUUACUAGUUGUUCCAAAGAUGCUACCCAACGCACAAGUUUUUUUUUGCUUUCACUUGUCUUUGGGAGGGAUGGCGGGGGGGUUUAACACUGCUAUUUACUUAGACAUCAUUAUUUAGGAACAAAUGUAGUCCUCCAGGGGUUAUGUGCCACCAGUUGUUUGUUUGCUUAGUUUUUAGGGGUUGGUGAAUCUCCUAAUUUGUGACAACUGCUAGAGGCUCCACAAUUUUCUAUUGUUUUCUAUGCUAGUUCAACUCUUUUCUCUUUGUAAAUAUUAUGUAUGUAGCAUGUUAUCCAUUUUGUGUAAAUUCUAACGCUGUCAUGCAAUGUUCAGUCUAGCAAACAUUUUUUUUUUUUUAAAUGUUUUAUUUAUCAAAUUUUAUCAAAUUACAUGUUUGUCUUUUAGAGAAGAUAUUAGACAUAAAACUUUGACAUAUAUGACAUACUUUUCCACAUCAUACAAAACUUUUACUUAUGUGAUCUUGGUUGGGAUAUAUAUUUGUUUCCUUAUUUUCCUUCAUUUGUCCCUUAUAUCCUCCCCCUUCCAUUUUUAUAAAGGGCUACUACUGAGACAUGCAUCAGAGUUUUCCUUUCUAAAAUGAAUCUCCUGUGUUUACUUAGAGUUUGCUUUCUGAUUCACUCUGGGUUCUUUUUCUAUCAUAUCUGUAGGAUGUCUAUAAUUAUAUUCCAUUUAUUUAUUUUAGCUAUAGGAAUUGUUCCUUUUUUACCCAGUUCCAUUAUACAUUGGUAUAACAUCUGAGACUUAAUUUAAUUUUGGGAUCUUUUCCAGUUUCUUGCUAGGACCAAUUUUGAGGACAUCAGAAUGUGUUAUCAUCCUAUUCUCUUUAGACAUUAGGCCAGUCUAAAUGUAGUAAUAAACUCUCUGGUGUAAGAGGUAGUAACACCCCCAGUAGUGUGUGUGUGUUUUCUGUAUAUGUAUAUAUGUGUGUGUGUGUGUGUGUGUGUGUGUGUGUGUGUG